CUUGUUUCGAAACCCAUCACCAAUUCAGCUUUGGCCAGAAACAACAGGAGUUUCCCUUCUUUUAUGUUUUUCUUUUCACAGGAGGAGACAAUUUGAAAGAUUGCAUUUCCCAAAUAUUAUGUCACAUCAUUAUCCAGAACAUACGGUGCACCAGCGGAAUCUUACACAGGUCUACUCAGAAGUAGGUCUUCUGGAAGUCCUUGAGCACCAUAGGGCUUGCUCCUAGGUAAGUGGGUCUACAAUUACAGUCUGUGCUGUAUUACUUCAAGCAGGCAGUCAAGCAAGCCUCUUGCAGUGUGCAGGGACCUCUUCCCUGCAUUUAAAAGUAAAGUUGACAGUUGCUUUAAAUUAGAGUGGCUGGCUCAAGUUCAAGGCAGCGAGUGGGUGUUUAUUUAGCUGAAGAAGACAGUUGCAAAACUUGGGAAUCAAGCUCCAAAUGAAUGCAGAGAAACCUAUUAUUUGACAGAAAGACACCUCUCCUUGUUUUUGGAAGGACUUUUACUCAUUUGGGACAGCUAUAUUUGCGUGAAUUUUAACCAGUAUGUUGCAGCUCCAAAGGAAACAUACGGUUUUGCUGGGAAAGCUGAGAUCAGUGGCUCCGAAGCAAGGUAAGAAGAAAGUGGCUUUGUUGCAAAACUUUUUCAAACAACAAUUAAUGAAGGGAACAAAAAUGGAGAGGGCUAAGAUUCAAAAUGCAGGUUUGUGCAAAAUAAUAGCUGGAUUCCAGUGCUGUAAAGUUGCUGCAGAAGUUGUGUUUACCUUAAAUGCAGAGUUGUAUAUCCCAAUAAAAUAGGAACAUUCCUUUCAGAGCAAACAGGGCUUGUAAGAGCCCUCUGUUGUACAAACAGAACAACUUAGUUUAUAGCAGAAGUGCUUCCAUUUUUGCAAGUAAGUCCCACCGUGUUCAAUGAUUCUAUUUGGGAGGUUGUGGGCUCCCCUUCCUUGGAGGUUUUCAAGCAGAGGUUGGAUGGCCAUCUGUCAUGGAUGCUCCAGUUGAGAUUCCUGCAUUGCAGGGGGUUGGACUAGAUGACCACUGGGGUCCCUUCCAACUCUACAAUUCUAUGAUUCUAUGAGACUACUGGCUAAGGCUUCAAUCCUUGCCCUGCUUAUCUGGGAGUAAGUCCUAACGGAAUUCACUUGGACUUACUUGUGAGUAGAUAUGGUUAGGAUUGUGCUGUAAACGUGCUUCAGGUUACAGCUUUAAUUAUAUUAGGCACUGGAUGUUAACAUUUGAGACUUCUGGAUUUCAGUGAAGGGGCUAGGGGGUUUUUUUGUUUUUUAAUUGCACAAAACCUUUUGGAUGUUGCUAUAAGAGUUUGGGCUUGGUACGGAAGGUAAGUUUCUCUAUUAAUUAAGAGGAGGAAAUGGGUGCUUUCAUAUAUUUUAUAUGCAUAUUAACAGAAUGACCCUUUGGAGAGGAAUGUGUAAAUGAUGAAGAACAUUUUAAUUUUAAAAAAUUAUAAUUAAAGGGGACACAAUACAACCAUAGUUAAACACCUUUUGUGUUCAUUUGCUUUCAAAGAGAAUUGAGAUCAGCAGGGUUUAAAACUGCUCAAUUGCUCUUUCCUUUUUUUUAUUUAAAAAAAGGCAUACAUAUUUGGUUUGGCUUCUCUCAUUCCUUUACCAACUGACUUGAAUGUUUCUGGUUUUGCUUUCCCAUGAAAGAUGUGAACAUAAUUCCAAACAUUCCCUUUAGCUCAGUUGCUAUGGCUCCUCGUGCACUUGUUUUUCUAACUGCUCUGUAAAUACAAAAUAAACGAUAAGGCUUUGGAGUCAUGCUUUAGCAAAGUUUGAGCAAUCCCAAAACAGUUCUCUUUCUCUCUCUUAGAGACACACACACAGAGAGAGAGAGAGAGAAAGAGAGAGAGAGAGAGAGAGAGAGAGAGAGAGAGAGAGAGAGAGAGAGGUCAAGCAUCAUUUGAAACAUCUAUCACAACAUGUUAAAGCAGCAGAACUUACUGAGCUUUCUUGAUAUUUGAAGGAUUGCAGCUGCUUAACACUUGGUGGGAGAAAACAUGCCAGAAUGAAAGGAAGUCUUCCAUUCUCUGCUCACACCCUCUUACAAAGUGUGAGAUGUAGGUUGUGUACACAUGAGCAUUUACUUUGGCACCUGUGUGCUCCCACUCCUCCUCUUUGAAGCUGAGUACACAUGCAGUUGGCCAUAACCCAGAUGUUUGCCGCAGUUCCUUGAGAAAUACUCCUGUUUGGAGCCUUUCCCCUCAAACCAACUUCCAUUUAACCUGAAAACGUAAGUCACAAUUACAAACCCUCCAGGUAUCCCUAUUUUCCAGGGACAGUCCUAGAUUUACAGAAGACACCCCGGUUUCUGAUUUGAUUCCAGAAUGUCCUGCUUUUCUUAGGAUGUCCCUAUUCUCAUUGGAGGGUACGUCUGGAGUUCUGAGACAUCCCGAGCCAAGGAAAUAACUACACAACCUUUAGAAAACAUCUGAAGACAGCCCUGUAUAGGGAAGUUUUUUAAUGUUUCAUGUUUCAUUGUUUUUAUAUAUGUUGGAAGCCACCCAGAGUGGCUGGAGCAACCCAGUCAAAUAGGCAGGUGAUGAUAAUAAUAAUAAUAAUAAUAUGUCCCUAUUUUCAUCGUAGAAAUGUUGAAGAGUAUGCAGUCAAGCUGAGGUGUGUAUAUCUGAGGCAGCCGUUGCAUGUGUGCAGAUGACACCUUCAUUGAAUAGGCAUUUGGGAGCAUUGCAGGUGCAGGAAAACAAAUAAGGUAAUGUGCGUCAGGUGUGUGCAGUAACAGCCUCCCUACAUUUUAAGCCACUAUAAAUCUCACUGAGAGAUUUAUAGCUCAAGCCUAUACAUGUCUACACAGACAUAAGUACCAUCAUUUUCAGUAAGGCUUACUCCCAGGUAAAUUCUAUACCACUUUGUUCUAUACAAUACAAGAUUGCAGCUUUCUUUUACUUAAUAACCAGGGCAGGAAACAGUCAGUCAGAUUUCGUUGUCAUUAUAAAUAAAUUGACAAUUUAAGCCCAAGGCCUAGUUUAUACACCCAAUAAAAUCAAGUACUGUAAUAAAACUUUCCCUGGUCUGUGUGACUUUAGACUGCAGAUUCCCUGGUGGAGGAAGGAGUCUGUCUUUGUAUAUCUGGACGUUCCAAGGGUGCCUUUUCAAACAUGGGGGGAUUUCAGUUAGAGGUUGCACAGUUUGAAAGCAUGCACCUGCAUCUAUUCAAAAUUAAAUGUUUUAAAGUUGUGCAUUUGAAGAGCAUUGGUUAUAGUUUUUUCCUCAUCCUUUUUGUUGUUGUUGUUUAGUCGUUUAGUCGUGUCCGACUCUUCGUGACCCCCUGGACCAGAGCACGCCAGGCACUCCUGUCUUCCACUGCCUCCCGCAGUUUGGUCAAAAUCCUUUUUGUACCUAACAAUAAAUGAGAGCAGAGGUGUGAGUCCUUAGCUUAUAGUCACUGUGAUGUGCACACCUUAUUUGGGUUUUCUCGAUAAGCAAAGCAAUUUGUUCCUUCCUAGAUCACAUUUUGCCACCUUUUGAAAUAGCUUCUAUAACUGUGGUGGGGGCUAGAGACCCCCACCACAUGGCAAAGAUCUAUGCAUGUACUGAUGCUCUCAUGUAGAGUCCCUUCAUAUCAUGUUAACUGAAGCAUUUGGAAUUGGAGGUGCCUACUGUGUGCAGGGGGACGCGGGUGGCGCUGUGGGUUAAACCACUGAGCCUAGGACUUGCUGAUCAGAAGGUUGGCGGUUCGAAUCCCCGUGACAGGGUGAGCUCCUGUUGCUUGGUCCGUGCUCCUGCCAACCUAGCAGUUCAAAAGCACGUCAAAGUGCAAGUAGAUAAAUAGGUACCGUUCCGGCGGGAAGGUAAACGGCGUUUCCAUGCACUGCUCUGGUUUUGCCAGAAGCGACUUUAAAGAUUGAAUCUUCCUUUUGGACACAAUUUGAAUGAGUUUUCUGUUUGUGGCUUCUGUAGUAGAUCUUGUACCUUGUUCUCUCAAUUUUUGGAUUAUUAAUAUAAGAUUUAGAACGUAGAAUGGCCGCUUAUGUGCUGAUUACUUCAUACUGGUCUACUACGCGUAUUGGCAGCAUAGGUUCAUUUCUUCAGUUCUUAAAUUACCUGUAACAGCUGCAGGGGACUCACAUGUUUAAACCUGAGGCGGCCCCGGUCAUGUAAGAAGCAGGCAGCAGGAGUCUCCCUAGAUGUCCUAGUGCUUAGAGCCAAAAGACCAAGUAUAAGCUCUCAUGGACUCUGCCCACGAGUAGACCUGGGUUUCAGUUAAGCAGACAAGUCUGCCAUUAUAUAUCUACUUGAUCCCAAUACUGGCCAUGGGCAAGUGCAGUCUUCAUAACUGAGUCACUGUCAGGAGAAAAGAUGGAAUAUAAAUGAAUAUCAUCCUCAUCAGAGGCACAAGCUUAGACAUCCUGCUUUUGGGGGUGACCCACCUGGCAGCUGAAGUUGGCAUUGCUUCAAUGGAGACACCACAUCUCACUGAAAUGUGUCCCCCGAAAACGUCUGCCUAGUGCCCAUGUUUGUAUAUUUUAGAUGGCCAGAAAAGAGUAUUUUGCUUCCCUGGGCAUUUUUCUGAAUGACUUUGGGAUUUCCUGCUGGCUUAGUGCUACCAGUUUUGGUGCUAUUUUAACAUUUGGCUUGUCUUUAUUCAUAUAAUUGUCAUGCUAGUUUUGUAUAGCUUUCCAUCAUAGACGCUCAAUAUGUGGUUUAAAAACAGAUAAUUAUCACAGUAAUAAGUUCAUCUCUUUAAAUUUGAUGUUGUAAGCUAAUUUGAAUGUAGAUGAUGGAAAGCUGGAAUAAAAGUAUUUUAAUUAAAUAAUAGCAGACUUCUCCAACCCAUCUUUUGCUCAGCUGUGCCCUAACCCUGCAGAAUACAGGUGUGCUUAAAGAAAGAAGACAUCUUUGCUGUCUAUAGAAAACUAACAUCCCAGAGAAUAGCUUUAUAGGCCUGAGUUUUCUCUGACUCACCAUUUUUCUUUACGGGCACCUAGUUUCCCCACCUGCAGUCUGAAGAGGUGCAGGUCCAUCACACAAGUCUGCUGGUAUUGUAGAUUAGCCCCUGAGUCAGGCAAAAGACCUGUUUACUAAAACUUGUAGCAGCUAUUGAGGGCUGCAUGCGCUGAUUGUUACCUUGACUAGCCCACAUUUUACCAGCUUCUUUGCAAGGAUAUCAUGGGGCACUUUGUCAAAAGCCUUACUAAAUUCAAGAUAUACUAUGUCCUCAGCAUUCCCCUGAACCAUCAAGCUCGUAACUCUAUCAAAGAAAGAAAGAAAUGAGAUUUGUCUGGCACGACUUGUUUUGUGAGAAACCCAUGGAACUGUAGAGUUGAAAGGGACCCCAGGGAUCAUCUAGUCCAACCCCCACAAUGCAGAAAUAUGCAGCUGCCUAUACAGAGAUCAAACCUGCAAUCUUGGAAUUAUCAGCACCAUGCUCUAACCCAGGCUUCCUCAACCUCGGCCCUCCAGAUGUUUUGGCACUACAAUUCCCAUCAUCCCUGACCACUGGUCCUGCUAGCUAGGGAUCAUGGGAGUUGUAGGCCAAAAAACAUCUGGAGGGCCGAGGUUGAGGAAGCCUGCUGUACCCAACUGAGCUAUCAUGUAAGGGCAUGAGGGUCAUUUUGCUGGAAAACAUUUAGAAUGUGCUCCAUCCAUUUGCCCACACUACCAGUGGUUGUUUUAAGCAGCCGGGGCAGGCAAAAAUAGAGAAUGCAAAUGGGAAGGCUCAAGCUUCCAAGAAUCUUAUCCACAUCCUUGGGUAGAAAAAGCUGCAAAGUACCCACACUAACAAAACCAGGCAGAAACCUCCAGCACAUCCACUAACUCUACAGUCAACUUGAAGUCUUCGGUUGGAGCAGAUGGGUGGUGUUUUUUCUGCCAAGUGUUUUGCAAACUAGUCACAAGGGGCCUCUCAGAGUCCUACUCCACCUUACAAAGGCCAGGAAAUAUAUAUGAGACCCUUCAUCGCCCCUCAGAACUGCUUUCACCGCCAACACUCUGCAGAUAUAGAGAUGGAAGGAAGAUUUCUUCACUUCCUUCAGGCUUGAAAUGAGCUCUCAGCUGAGUCUUACCCCAUCUGUCACCCUUGUGUUUUCAUCAUUCCCACCAGGAGAUGUUUGUAAGCUCUCCCAAUAAUAAUCAGAGGGGUUUUUUUUUGGGGGGGUGGCUCCCAACACUAUCCCAGAGACCCCUCCUGCCGACUGAGACAGUGACACUAUUGGUUUUCUCCUUUGGAUCUGGUGAUAGAUCUUUUGUAAUCCCAUCAGUGUUUUAAAAAAUCAGAAUGUUAUUGUGUGGGUGGUCUUCCAAGAUAUACCAAUCCCUCAUGUCUGUGUCUAAUUCCCCCUGUUCCCUACACACCCCUGCAAAACAAAAAAAAAUAAAAAAUCAGAGACAAGAGCUAUGACCUUUUUCAUUAUUGCUACGAUCUUCUGUUGCUUUUUUGAUGAUGAUGACCUCAUGGCUAAAACUGCAGGACAUUGAAUCCUUUCUGCCUAAGGGUUAAAAUUAUAAUGUUCCAACUGCCUAAUUUAAUCUAGAUACUUGUUCCCAUUGAUGAAGAGCUCUUUUAUGGUGAAAUUUUUGCUCCCAGUUUGUGUCCGUACUGCAAAAUACCAUGAUGCUGUAGCCUUAUGGUUAAGGCCGGCCAAUCAAUCAAUCAGUCAGUCAGUCUGGACAGGCUUCCUCAACCUUGGCCCUCCAAAUGUUUUGAAACUACAAUUCCCACCAUCCUAGCUAGGGAUUAUGUGAGUUGUGGGCCAAAAACACCUGGAGGGCCGAGGUUGAGAAAGCCUGGAGAAGACUAUUGCUGAAAAUAUAAAGAGCUGUCCUAGUCCUCCUCAGAGUAGACCCAUUGAAAUUAAUGAACCUAACUUAGUCAUGUCCCUAAACAUCAGUAGGUCUUCCAUACUCUCCAAGUGUCCCUAUUUUCCAGGGAUAGUCCCGGAAUUACAAAAGCCAUUCAGGCUUCUGAUUUGCUUUGUGUGUCCGUGUCUAGUCUUGCCCCGUUCUAAAAUUUAUUUAUUGGUGUGUGCUUUUCUAUUUGCAAAUCUACCAAAGAAUAAAACCAAAUCAGGAUUAAGGGGUUUUCUCAGGACGGUGGAUGGUGUGUACGCUGUGUCCCGUUGGUGGUGGGAAUACUCUGUGGCGACAAAAAAUGGGGGGUUGAGGAGGGUCAGUUGCGGCGGAGUGAGAAAUCUCCCUGUUUCCAUCUGAGGGAUGUUGGAGGGCAUGGUCUUCUCUGAGUAGGGCUUGUGUUGAAUGCCACCUUUUAAGGUCUGCUGAUGAAGGUUUGAAUGUGGUGAGGCCAGAGGAAAAGUGGGGGGAGGUAUCUUUAGAGGAGGGACAGCAACAGUCUGCCUCAAAGACUGCAUUGCGUGCAGCCAAAAGGGUUCUGGCAAACUAAUUUUAGCUCUCCUGAUUUCUAAAGGCCACCUGGCUUAAUUGUGCUCUAACCCAACAUCUGUUUCAAUUGCUGAUGUGGGAAGCUUCAGUCUUCAUGGAAGAUAAUGAAGCGGGAUGAAUAUAAUGGCCUCACAUUUAAAAUGUUUUUAAUUAGGCAGAAAGAUUUGUCAGUGGCUGAAGAUGCAGAGUAGCGUAUUGUGCUCUGAUUGUGCUUGGUUAUUUAUGUUUAUAUGCCACUAGUAUGUCGGGAAUAGCAAGUUUCCUUUAUGAUCCCCAUCAGUGGCCUUAGUCAAAAUGCAUGGUUCAUCGGAAUAAGGCCAAUUUGUGCAAAAGCCAUGAUGCAGUGACAUCUUAUCCAGGAAUUAGUUUUAAAAGCCUGGCUAGUCAGUGUACAGAACUGCAGUGUUUAACUUUGGCUAGGCAGUGCUUGGGGCAGUUUCCUUCCCUGAAUUUGAAAUCGUAAUAAUAAUGUUCUCUUUGAGAUCAGUAAAUGUGAAGUCAGUUUCCACCUGCUUGAUUGUACUAUUGUGUGUCACAUGCUGUGUUCAGAUACUGCUUUGCCAAAUCUAAUACAACAAGGAGCAAGGAGCAAUGGGCUUAUGGCUUGUCCCUGCCUGCUGGUUGCACAAACAAUCCCAAACCUGGAGUACAGGAGAGGACAGACCACAGGGUCAGGGAAAUUUAAGGUACAGGCAGGUGCCAUGUCUCCUUAACUGGGUGUUAAUGUUCUGUGUCUGGUUGUGGAGUCAGUAUGAGGGCAGGCUAAGGCCCAAGACUCAUCCUUCUCUUAUGCCAGAUGAACAUGCCUGAAGCUAACAGCUGUGGAAGUAGUGCUCAGUUUAUUUUUACAACUCUCUCUCUUAUAAUAAUGCAAAGUUGUAGUUCACAAAGGGUGUGGAUUUCAGGGUUUCUGUUAAAGGAAAUGAAUAUUGGAAUCUUACUUUGGAGAUCUGGGAAACACGAGACAUAUAAUACUAAAAGCAAUGCUAAAAUAAACACAAGGAACGGUGGACAUCCAUCUGGUGUGGGUGGGGGCUCUCAACUUUCUGUCACACUCAAUCAAUAAAAAGAACCCCCCGGUCUUGAAGGUAAUCUGGUAGGAGCACCCUUGAUUAUCGGUUGCAGGAGCAGCAGGGGCAAAGCACAAAUGUGCCCCUUCACGCCGCCGUGUCCUUGAGCAGCCUACUUUUCCUUCUGCCAUAUGGGGGUUGUCCUUCAGUCUUCUGCAGGGCAGGGGGGUUAAAGAUCUGGGCUGUUGAAGAGAAGGCAAAUCUGUCCCCUGCCUCUUGGUUCUGCAUGGUUUGCCCCCCACCCCACAGGCAUUCUGCAGGUGGAUUCAAUGCACAAGCACUUUCCACAAAUGUGCUCCACUGCUUAUGGCAGAUAUUUUGCCAGAGUACUUAUACUGGCUUCUGUUUAACCCAUGUACUAUUUGGGCUUCAUCUGUUGCAAAUGCCAUGCCUUGCUGACCUAAGAAUUUAUUCCAGCUGUCUGUUGGCAGGUAACGAUAGCUUAUAGCUGUUGUUAUGAGUUGGGUAGGCUGUAUGCUGAGACCCUUCUAACCCCUAGGUCCCCGCAAGUGUUAAAAUAUGAGCUAGCUUCCUGAUGAGGCAAUUGCCUGAGCGAUGGGCCAUUAAGGGGAACAAAGGAAAGGGGCUCUGUGCAAGAUGGAAAAUGGGCAGGGGAGCCCAUCCCUCAGCUCACAUAUAGUUAGAAGGACGAAGCCAGAGUUUAGUGUUGCAAUGAUGUGAGCUAGAGGGAUAGCAGCAAGCUGGAGAAAGAAUCAGACUUGUGUUUGAUUUCCAUUUGAAUCCAAGGCUGUGGCUAUGGGAUACAAAUGCUGUGAACCCCUCUAUUGUUGGCUUAGACACCACAGUCUCUGCUGUGCUUCAUUCCAAAGGAAACGCGAACCCUGGGUAAGCACCUCGAACCCCUGGAAUCUCGUCCUGCUCAAAGACUGGGGUUGUGUGCAACAAUGUGUUUAAAUGAAAUGAGGACCACCCCUGGCUAUUCUCGGCUCACAACCUUUUCUGGAACACUCUCAGAAUCUGGAAAGCAAAGUCUGUGCCAUAAGCCAGAACAUCUGGGGAAAGACUGUUUAAAAAAUAAUAAUGGAGAGAAUUAUUGCAAUUGUGCACUCUUGCCAGAGUGCUGGAUAUGGAUUGGGAAAGCCUGGCGCUGACUUUGGGCAAGGCUCCCUUAGCCUAACGUAACCUCUCAUAAUUGCUGUGGCGAUAAAAUUGGAUUGUCCUCUUGCCUUGGAGAAAGGGUGGGAGACAGGUGUGCUGAAGGCAUAGCUGCUAGCUGCAUGGUAGUACAUGACUGUUGGAACCUGUCAUUUCUUUAGCAGGGGCAGCUAACCUGUGACCCCCUCAGAUGUUGCUGAACUACAACCCCCAUAAUCCUUCACCAUUGGCCAUGCAGGCUGUGGCUGAUGUGAGUUAGAGUCACCCGAAAAUCUGAAGGGCCAGUUGGGGCAUGGGGCAGGAGGGUCACCUGGCUCGGGGCCUCAAGUUCAAAGAAGGCUUCAGAUUCAGGAACUUGUUACAUUUUUUGGCGUUUGUAAAGUUUCACAACUUGUUUCUAUGCACAUGGGACCAACAUGUGGCAGACACACUCUCAGCUUAGAGAUGCAAAUGUAAGGAAAUAAGAGGCGUGAUUUGGUAAAAGUAAGGCUGCCAUAUGUCCAGGAAUCGGACUGUCAAAAUGGCGUCCAUAUGUCUGGGGAAACCUGGACGUAUGGCAACUAGGGCGAUUUUUAAAAGAAAAAUGCUGUAAAAAUCCCAGUUUUGGGAAUAUGGCAAAUCUAAAAUGCUCUUUGUUUGUUAACUGUUAUAGACUGAUAUGGUCUGCUCCCAAGACAGAAUGUUUCCGAAAACUGGAGUUGUUCUCCUGAUAAGUGGAAAUCUCUCUGCAGCUUCUGCAAUGUAAAACUAUAUUGACUACCUCUUUCAGCUAGCUGGAGAAGAAAGAGGGAGGGAGACAGCCUGGAGCUCUUUUCAGCUAGAACCCAGAGACUGAGGGAGAAUUUCUAAUUGUUAGCUGACUGGAGAGGAAGUAUCCUUGGAAGACAAUUGUUCUCUUUGUGGACUGAGUGCAUGAUUAGUAGUUGUGCUGCCUGCUGAAAGCAUCGGUGCUGUUUCCACCAUGCUCUGCUUGCUCAUGAGUAAAUACAGCAAAUAUAAAAAGCUGCUCUCUCUCAUCCAAAUAACCCUAAACAUUGUAGUGUGGUGCCUGGAUUUCUCACUCCUUGAAUAAAUUGCAGCAUAUCAAAUCUAAAAGUACUAACAUUAAAGUGCAGACGAUCUCUUGGGAACAUUUGUUCCAUUUCCAUAGAAAUGAAACUGUCAGCAAACUUUUUAGCACAGCUCAGUUAAAAUUGGCAAAGAGCCAGACAACAAAUGUUUUGGGGGCCAGGACUGGUCUCUGUGUUUCUAUCGCUUCAUUAGAUAAUAUCUCGGUUCCUCAAAAAGUCAACACUUCAGCGCACCUUCCCCCCACAAAAUGUCCCUAUUGUGACCAUCAAGGCAUACCUAGAGGGUGAUGUCCUGUCUAAAAGCAUGCCGGCUAAAACAAAGAGUCCAAGAUCGUCUUUAUUUAUUCUGUCUGGUUGGAUUUGGCUGUGUUUUCCAUUUUAAAAACAUCCUAACGUCAUGCCCUAUGGACCAGUGGGUGGUUUCCCAUACCUUCUGUAUGAGGUGAAGUGACAUGCAAAGCAAGUUUGGCAUCCAGAUUUGCCGAGUGAAGGGGAUGCCAUAUCAGCUUCCAAAUUCAUCAACCACAUUAUUUAGUUGAGGGUGGAGGGGGCACCUAGCUAUUUUAAACGAUACGUGUAGCAGGGCUGUCCUUUGCAUAUGCAAAUGCUUUUGUUUUUCCCAUGUUCGACUGACCUCUGAGGUUUUUCUGGAAUGUGCUCGGGAUUCUCAGAAAUUAAAGCUAGAUGAUCCCAUAGGAAGAAAAAAGCCUUGUUUGGACUAAGGCUGCCAAGAUAUCCUUAAAAGGAAGGGUCUGCCUGACACAUAGCACUGAAAGCAUUUUGUGGCAGUUUUGGCCUCUGCUGGAACUCAGGACUCGCUAUGCCAAAUAUCCACGGGAGGUUCCAGUCUUUCAGGCCCUGCAAGCACCACACAAGGUUUGUAGAGCUAUAUCCAGUGUUUCCCAAACUUGGGUCUCCAGCUUGAUGUUGGAUUACAGCUCCCAUCAUCCCUGACCAAGUUUGGUCUUGCCAGCUAGGGAUGGUGGGGUUUGUAGUCCAACAACAGCUAAGGGACUCAGGUUUGAGAAACACUGCGUAUUAAGUCAUUAUAAGCAAUAAGAGCUCACCCGGUUUUAAAAACAAACAAAAAAUCUGGGGCAAAUCCCCCAGCUUUUAAUGUUUAACAGACUAUGGUAUUUUAAUAUUUUGUUGGAAGCCACCCAGAGUGGCUGGGGAAACCCAGCCAGAUGGGCAGUAUUAAGUUGUGGGUGAACAUAUCAGACGACACAGCGAUUCUUCAAACAGCUCUUGUUUGUUCACAGGCCAGAACAGAACUGAACUGAAGGGUUCAGCCAGCCUGCUUAUAUAGAACUCCACUAGAAUGCAACAGUAACCACUUUCUGUAACUAUCCAAUCACUGAACGUCAAUUUCAAUCCCUUAUUUGCAUAUGUGGACCUGAGUGAAAACUAUCUACAGUAUCCCCCUGCUGGCCCAGGGUGAGAACUUCAGUACAUAACAGGCAAGGUAUAAAUAAUAAAUUAUUAUUAUUAUUAUCAUCAUUAUCAUUAUCAUCAUCAUCACAAGGUUCUCUCUUAGAGAAGGCACACUUAAGUUGAUGAGAACCACACAAGAGCUCACAGCCAUUUCAAUGGGGACUAAGAAGGUGAAAUUCCAGUAAAGUGAGACAAACCCAGGGCCGGCCCAAGACAUUUGGACACCUGAGGCAAAAUAGCACCCCCCCUCCCCUUCAGGGAAGAGGAGGUAAGUGAAGAUCUACAUCUGGAUUUGCUGCCCCUGUGAAUCCUUCUGCCUGAGAUCACCUCCCCUUGCCUGGUGGGUGGGCAGCCCCCAUCCCACCCAUAGAGUGCCACCCACUUCCAUCUCCGGCCAUAACCUUCGCUUACAGACAAAGGUGAGGAGUAAUAUAGAGUAAAACAAAGUACCUCUGAGUGUAUACAGAGUGCCUUCUUUCACCAGUGAGCAAGACAUAAUCCAAGUGCUAGCGGCGAUUCAGGUAACAGAAUUUGUUUGUGGGUGGAUUUUUAAAAACAUGAACAGUAAUUUUUAUUAAGGUUUUAUAUAUUGCUAUACAAUAUAAUAAGGGAAACAAAUGCAGAAUAAGACAAAAUAAACAAUCCAUUGUUUGUGGGUGGGGUUCAAAAUAGCAACGCCAUAGAGAAAUGGAAAAGAACUUCUGAAACAUCUCUGGCAUUGGAACAUGAAAUUAAAGAGAUCAGUCUGAGAGGUCAACUCAUUUUAAAAUAUAUCCAGUAACAUAGCCAUGGAAAGACCAGACUCUCUCAGAGAUAUUCUAAGGCCCUUCGCCAAAUGUUCAGCAUCCUUAUCUUUUUAAUCAAGUUUUCUUCCCCUUUACUUAGAAAGAUAUCAGGAAAAGUGUGCAGGGAGUAUUCUACCCAACUGCUCACUAAGAUCUGGUGUACACAUGAAACCAGGUGAGCAAAAAAGGACUAACCCACGCAGUGUAAAUGUACUGGGGUCUCAUUUAACUCAGGUGCUCAGCUUCUGUGCAUGUUUUGUUAGGAUCCCAGCACAGCACACACGCAGGCUAUGGGUCCCUGAUGUGGGGUGGUAGCCCUGUUUGUUUCCAUGCCAACUUUCCCCCAAGGAACUCAAAGCAGUUGCAGGAUUUUCCUUUCCCAAGUUUAUCCUCUCAACAAUCCUGUGUGGUCAGUUAGGCCAAUUGGUUCAAAGUCACCCAUUGAGCUGAAAAGGAUGCAAAUCUGGGUCUCCUCAGUCACAGUCUGACACUAACCACUACAUCACACUGCCAGGCUGUGAACCUCCAGCCUGUGGGCUAAAAAUGACCCACCAGGCCUCCCCAUCCAGCCUGCCAUUUCAGGUGUGGGGCAGCUACCAAUGUAACUAGAAGGAAACAACAAUCACAUGGGGGAUGUGGGGAGCACACCUUGCUCCAAUCGCACCAAGCGGUUUCUGUCGAAACCAGUGCGAAAAUGGAGCAAAAAAGCUCUGUUUUAGCAGCAGUUUCAAUGGCUUGCCACUGUUGGAGCAGCCAAGUGCUCCAACCAAAGGUGAAAGCUGUCUGUGUGUCCACACGUUGCUUGUGGAUAGAACACUUAAUCUUUGCUCUUGACUGGUAAGAGCAGACAUAAUGGAUUAUGAAUAGAAACAGAAAUGUGGGUAAUUAAUUGGCUCCAAAGGAGGCGAGAUAGUCCAAAGAUUUGCUCUGAGAAUAUCCUGAGAACAGGAUAGGUCAGAUGUAGCUAUUCUAGACUACUCUUUGACUCUUAAUGCUGUUUUUCAGAAGCUCUGCCCAGAUGUUCAGCUGUGUAGGCAACUGAACACAGUAAGUUGAGGGGAAGGAAGGAAAGCAGGACUAUUUCAUAGUCACUGCCGAGAGACCAGCUACCUUUGGCUCUCUGCAAUAAUCACCUGCUAGCAGCUGUUCCAGAAAGCUGCAAAGAAGCAAACAGGACUAUUCUUUUACCUCUGCUGACAGAUCAGCUGCCUUUGGUCCCUCGUGGCAGCCAUUCCAGCAGACUACCUGAACUGUUCCCAUCCUGGGUGGUCGUUACAAGAAUGGUAAUAUUAACAACUGAUGCCCAAGCUUGUUUUUUCCUCCCUCCCUCCCUGUGCCCUUUUCCUUAUGUGUUGUGCCUGCAAAAUAGACAGCGAUCCUGUAGUAAGAUACACACCUCCCUGUGUAUGCAAGCAACUUUUUCAGUUUCUUUGUGAGUAGAGUGAAUAUUCUGCACUCAAGGUACCUUCUGUAAUGAGUUGUUAUUUACAAAUGUGUACGUAUGCAAGUUGAGCACAGGUUUUGCCACACUUGAAUCAGCAGUCAGCCUACACACAAGCAAGUGAGGUGUCCCACAAGUGCCUGUGGCUUGGAGUAGCCACCAGCCAUCAAAAGCCAUUAGCUGUGAUCACCCCCCAUACUGAGCUCUGACUCAACAGAAAUGGAUAUUUAAACAUCCAGCCAAAUUGCUGCAAUGUCUGAAAAUUUGUUACUGUGCUAGUUCAGUGGCCAAAAUCCCCCACACUGUGAAAUUAUUUGAUAAAAAUGCUUAUGUAACCAAUUGCAAGAGUGGUCUGCUAGAAAAUAAACAUUUAUGCAAGAAGGCUGCUAUAUUAAUGAAGAAUAGGCAUGGUUUUAAAAGAAAGCAUAAAUUUAUUUUAAGUGCAUGUCUGUGGGGUCCUUGUGAUCUGAACAAGACCUGGAAGAGUCCCAGGGCAAGAAAUCCUUCCUCUGUUCGCUUUCUCAGCAUUCCCUACAUCUUAACCACCUGUUAUUUAUAGCAGAGCCACAUAUGGGUAAAAUGGGAGACAUAGCAGCUGUCAAGCAACAGACCUGCAAGUGUCCCUAUUUUCCAGGGACAGUCCCGGAUUUACAUAAGCCGUCCCCAUUUCUAAUUGGAUCCUGGAAUGUCCUCCUUUUCCUUAGGAUGUGCCUGCUUUCAUCAGAGAAAUGUUGGAGGGUUCUGGCGUGUGUGUUUCAGAGCUCAUCAACACAUCCAUUUCCCCUACCACUUUCCCUCAGGGAAACCCAAUCUUUAGUGCUGAAUCGGCACAAACUGCAACUGAGUUUCCCGCAGAUUGCUGUUUGUUCCACUUCAGAGCUAAAGAGCAGGUUUUCCAGGUGAAAGUAGUGGAGCAAAUGCUAAACCACUCCAACUCGUGCCUAGAUAUUGUGGGACAAGCAGGAAACUGCUUGUACCCAUGCUUUCUAGGAACCGGACAAGCAGAAGUGUGGAAAAGCAGGCUUCUGUACAUGGACUGGGAUCAGUGGUGUAACAUGGAUUGCCAGUGCCCAGGGGAGGGAGGGAGAUGGAGUACGUAUUCACAUUCAACUGCCUAACAGUGUCCAUGACACCCAGGAGAUGGCAGCCACAGAGGUAAUAAAAACGAGUUGUUUCAUUGUCUGGAGAGGUCACUUCCUGGUUCGCAUGGAGAAGCCCAUCAACAGAGGUGCACAGCUGUAUUGAGGCAGCACCGGGUGUUGAAAUUUUGCGCCCCUAGCAAUUUUUCACCCAGGGCAACUGCCCCUAUGGGCCCCUACAUGAUAUGCCACUGACUAGGAUCCACAUGUGCACAUGGUUGCUGUGCCCCAGCACACUUUUUUCUUCUUUGCUGUAUUUGAGAGAUCGGGGACGCGGUAGGGGCCAUUUGGAGGUCUAGUGCACCUCACUGGAGCCUGAACUGGGGUCCAAAAGGUCUACGGUCUGUGUGCCCUGGUGCUUGUCUAGUGAUGCCUCAAGUCCCCUGAGCCUGUUGUGCCACUUCCCACAUGGGUCAAGCCCUUGUUGCUCCUUCCUCUAUAUCAGGCUUCCUCAACCUCGGCCCUCCAGAUGUUUUGGGACUACAAUUCCCAUCAACCCUGACCGCUGGUCCUGCUAGCUAGGGAUCAUGGGAGUUGUAGUCCCAAAACAUCUGGAGGACCGAGGUUGAGGAAGCCUGCUCUGUAUGAUUCUGUGGCAUCGGACAGGUGAAGAGCCCCAUCCAAGGCAGGCACAGAUGUCUCUGGUACCCUGAGGCAUGCCUGCAAGUCGGGAGCCUAGUUCAGAAUCUAUCCAGGAAACCUGAAUUAAUGGCCAUGUGGUUUGUCUAACUUUCCCAGAGGAAUUCUGAAUUAGGCUGGGUGAGUUUGCCUAUCUCUGAAUGCUUUAUACUGUUGGUGGCUUCCUCUUUGGGACUGUGCCGUGACACACUUUGCACACGCUAUUCCUACCGGAGUAAAAGUCUUUAGUUGACUCGCAACCCUUCACGGCGGGGCAAUGAAAUGAGAUGCCGCUAUACUCCGGGCUCUGGGCUUUAUCUUCUGAGUGGUGCAGAGAACACUUCCUAUGUAUCUCUUUGAGAGUUUUGCAUGGCAGAGCAGGUAAGUUCUAUAAACCACACUGCCGUUUUUGUGCUGCAGUUGCUUGUCCUUGUGCUAUUGCUCAGCUAUGCAUUCAGCCAGAAGAUAAUGUAAAUUUUUCGGUAAAAGGGAGUGGGGGUGGUGAAGUUGGGAGAUUCUCCUUCUUUCCCAUCAGACCAAAGCCGCAGUGAAGUCAUUCCUCUGCAUACAUUUGCAGGGCACAUAGUCUGCUUUGAGUUCUUCUGCUGUCAGGGUGGACAACUGAUAAACUAUGUGAGAACUUUGUAAGGGGGAAACCAGGAAAUUACUUAUCAAGCUCCAGCUUUGCAGAGGUUCUGGUGCCAACGUUUGGGGUGGGGAAGGGGGGAAGGCUCGACCAAACGCACAACAUCUGCACACAUUAUAAUCUUGAGGCUCCAGCUGUUCAGAACUCUUUCAAGCCAUGUAAGUGAGGAAAAAACUUUAUUUCUCUGAGGCGAAUUGUCAUUAUUCUCUUGGCUCCUGAAAGCUCUCAGAGAAACCAGAUUCCAAAUAGGUUUGCUAAUACCAGCUCCGGUUUUAACUGGCUUUCUUACACAGCAACACACACCCGUGGGCAUGAUAAACAGCAUACUGUUUUGCUUGUAAAUGUAAUGAUACGCUAGCCUAUUCUCUAGGCAGCAUUUUCUUCCUUUGCUCUUAAAUUAUAGAAAUCUCUGCAUUUGUGGCUUCAGGAAAAGGAUAUCUGAUUUAAUUUUUAAUUUUUUUUUGUCUUUCCAGUGCACACAGCACAAUUUAUUUUCAGAGUAAAGUGUGCUGUUGAUAAACUGCGGAAAUAAGCAUGGUUAUUACAAAGCUGCUUUUCUUGAGAUUGUAGCUUGUGAUUUGAGACAGAUGAAACAUUUUAAGAGACAUAGGGCAGUUUGCUGGAAUCAUUGCUGCCCUUAAUACAAAUUACAUCUGUUUCUGUUCUGCUAUGGGCUCCUGUCAAAUGACUGGUUUUGCAGUUUCUGGUAUGAUUCAGUCAAAUGGGAGACAAUAGCUGAUUCAACCAUUGUUUAUAUGGCUGCAGUAGGUGUCUACUGGUGAGUGUCUGUGACAUCACUAGAUAUCUUCCUUGAGAAGUUUAGGAACAAACAUGUUUGAAGUGUUUGUAUAUGGUCAUUAGUAGCUAUUGGAAGGUAUGGCCCAUUUCAGUAGCCAAUCAGUUUUCUCCAAAAUUUAACUAAGCAAGAUUUCAAUGAUUUAACCUGUUUCAAACUCAGUGAAGUCUGUGGAGCUGGCUUGAGAGCAGUACAUGUGAAAAGGAUCUAGGAGUCUUGGUUGACCACAAACUUGACAUGAGCCAACAGUGUGACGUGGCAGCUACAAAAGCCAAUGCAAUUCUGGGCUGCAUCAAUAGGAGAAUAGCAUCUAGAUCAAGGGAAGUAAUAGUGCCACUGUAUUCUGCUCUGGUCAGACCUCACCUGGAGUACUGUGUCCAGUUCUGGGCACCACAGUUCAAGAAGGACACUGACAAACUGGAACGUGUCCAGAGGAGGGCAACCAAAAUGGUCAAAGGCCUGGAAACGAUGUCUUAUGAGGAACGGCUAAGGGAGCUGGGCAUGUUUAGCCUGGAGAAGAGGAGGUUAAGGGGUGAUAUGAUAGCCAUGUUCAAAUAUAUAAAAGGAUGUCACAUAGAGGAGGGAGAAAGGUUGUUUUCUGCUGCUCCAGAGAAGCGGACACGGAGCAAUGGAUCCAAACUACAAGAAAGAAGAUUCCACCUAAACAUUAGGAAGAACUUCCUGACAGUAAGAGCUGUUUGACAGUGGAAUUUGCUGCCAAGGAGUGUGGUGGAGUCUCCUUCUUUGGAGGUCUUUAAGCAGAGGCUUGACAACCAUAUGUCAGGAGUGCUCUGAUGGUGUGUCCUGCUUGGCAGGGGGUUGGACUCGAUGGCCCUUGUGGUCUCUUCCAACUCUAUGAUUCUAUGAUUCUAUGAGCUAGAAUGCAGUGAGAUGCCCAAACCAUGAUGCUGAUCCUGAUGAUGGGACGCAACUUUAGAAUUGCCCCCUUCCGCUUCCCAUUCCAACUUCCAGCAUCUCAUCUCAAGGAUAGAGCCAGACCCAGGGGCAGCUGCUCUUUGUGGAUCUGGAGGCAACAAGCACGUCUUGGGGGGAAGGCUACAAGUUUCAUCAGUAUCCAGAGCAGAUCAUUACUAAAAUGUAAAGCACUGGGCCUCUAGUCUCUGCUUUUUAAAGCUAACCCUAUUCCCACCACCCAAUUUGAGCUGCUUAAUUUCACUUACUUUUUAUCUCUUUGCUAGUAAUGAGUUUUCACAGCUUCCUCACGUGGGCAGUGCCAUCCUUUGCAUGCUAACUCACAAGUAGGGCCCACUAACUUCAAUGUGACUUUCUUUGUGGUAAACGCACACAGGAGAGCAGCCAUGGCUUGCUCAUUCAUGGAUUUGUGCCCUACGCCACCCACUGCAUAAUCUGCAUGCCUUCCUCUCCCUUUUCUGUUGGAGAACUCUCUACUGAAGCAGACUGCACCAAGCUCCAGAAGGAUGUCUCUAAGCUAGGCCAAACCCUUUCCGUUCACCACUUUCUCAGUUGGGAGAUAUCCUUCUUCUGGAGCCUGACACAGUCAACCUGGUCAACUGGUUCUUCACAGGACCAAGAGAAAGGAGAGAAGUCCACAGGCCGAGGAACUGAUGCACUAAACAAGGUUCUGGAAGAGUGGGCCCAAGAAGAGAGUGAUCCAAGUUGUAAAGUAAUACUUCUUAUUUUACGAGUAUCAGGCUGCCUGUGACUAACCAGGCUGCCUGUGACUAUUGAAUUUGAAUCAAGGCUUGGAAAGAGAACUUUCUCACAGUUUGUAUUUUAAGGAAAUAAAAACUUGCAAACAUUUAAAUAUCUGCACUUUAAUAUUGUAAUGGGUUUGGGGUUAGACUAAGUUGGUUUUGGGGGUCCUUGGACUGUGCGUAACAAUCUUACUGCUCUUACCAUCUUUAUUAUGGAAACACUCUUUAAGAACUGGAACCGGAAAUUUUGCUGAAAUUUAUCCAGAUAUGUGAAAUAUACAAAUAAAAUGGAAAAGGAUACUACACAAAAAUAAGAUUAAUUGGGAAAACUUGAUGAACCAAAUGCAGACAGGCACUUUUCAGUUAUCAAACAGUAUUCACCACCAUUAAAGUAUUUGUGAGAACUGACUAAGUUACCUAUGGGCAAUAGACUCUGAUGAUGAUUUUUUUGGUGGUAUGCUAUUUGUAAGCGGAUUCAUCUUGCAGUUUGAUAGCUAAAAAGUAUGUGUCUAUAUUUGGCUUGCAGGUUUGUAGUUACAAUUUUAUUAUUGUGUACAUAGUACUUUUCCCAUUUUAUUUAUAUAUUUUACAUCUCUGGAUGAAUUUUAGUACAAUUUACAGUGACUGUCUUGACCUUUUAAAAAUUGCUUUUUGUUGUGGUGAGCAGUCUGCACACUUCUUUUUAAUCUGGCAUUUUUAUUAUGGAGCUUGAGCAUUCAUGAGGAUGACGUUUUGUGUAGCAAAAUACGCUUCCAGGCUCUGGGCCUCUGGCUGGAGAGGGGGCUCCUGAGAGUACACAGAGUGUGCUAAUGGGGCUAAUUGCUACCGCGGCAGAGUGGAUGGAAUUUCCAUCUGGAAAAUGGAGCUGGGGGUUCUUAAUUUCCCAAGUGUUUCCAUCCUAAUCUAAACUAAACCUCUUUGUCCACAGCUGCUUUUAAUCAAAUUUAAAAAGAAGGGAGAUCCAAACUUGGCUCUCCAAAGUCUCUUCUAGUUUGAUCUUCAUUCAGUUACACACAGAGACACAGACACACACCGUUUAUAAUAUAAGGAUGAAAAUAAAACUGACUUAUUUUACAGGAUUCUUCCAUGAUUAUUGAAAUGGUACAGUGGUACCUCGCAAGACGAAUGCCUCGCAAGACGGAAAACUCGCAAAACGAAAGGGUUUUUGGUUUUUUGAGUUGCUUCGCAAGACGAUUUUCCCUAUGGGCUUGCUUCGCAAGACGGAAACAUCUUGCAAGUUUGUUUCCUUUUUCUUAAAACCGUUAAUACCCAGGGUGCAUUGCUUGAAGAAGUGCAGUUGCGACUUGACUUCGAGGAGCAACUCAUAGCACGCGGUGUGGUAGCCUUUUUUGAGGUUUUUGAAGACUUUGGUGAUUUUUGAAGCUUUUCCAAAACUUUCCUGACACCGUGCUUUGCAAGACGAAAAAAACCGCAAGACGAAAAAACUCGCAGAAUGAAUUAAUUUCGUCUUGCGAGGCACCACUGUAUAAGCAAAGAACUUUGAACACUCAGAAGUACUAUAGAAGUGUUUGGUAUGGAAUAUUAUCUCAAUAAGCAAAAACAUGUACUUUGGUGUUCAGGGUGAAGUAUUUUCAGUAGGUCCAUAGAUCCUUUCAUCCUAUAUAAUAAAGCUUUCUGAACCUUUUAUUCCUUAUCUGUUUGAUCCAACAGAUGUCCCUUGGUCCACAGAUGGUUAGCCUAUUUAAUUUUCUCUGUAAUCCUCAAAUGCUCUGCUCAGUGCAUUUUCUCUAUGCAGGAAUGUGCUGGUUUGUAUCAUAUAGACUUCAUAUACUGAAUGAAGAGCCCUUCUGACUGGUGAAUGAUGUCAUUUCCUGGCUCCAAAGCUAAUAAGCCACACAUGUCAUAUUGUGUAUUUGCGAUGGUUAGUUUCUUCCUCUCGCUUAAUGCAUGGUUUCCAACUGGCAGCCUUUGCACUGAAAUGCUUCAAUGUGGCUCAAUUCUAGUUAUGCAACCUAUCAAAUAGGAUUUGUUGCGUAAGGAAGUGUUUCACUGGAUAUUAGUCCCCAAAAGCUAUAUUCAGUGAAGAUCCUGAAAUUGUAUUGUUACAACCCAUGCUCCACACCAAAAAGCCCACCAGAAGCUUGGUAAUUAUUCUGUUUUUGUUACAUGCCUCAAAAAAAACCUCAUGGCGGAGGCCUGCAUUUAGCUUGGUGGAUCACACGUGGUGCAGUUCUAUUGGUAAAAUCUCUCACUAUAAUAUUUCUAGUACUCUUGUCAUCACACUGAGCUACUAGGGGAGUGAAAGAGGCACAUAGACUUAACUGAUACUUGGAAGCCGGUCCUUCCGGGAAUCUACCCCAGAUGCUGAAUAGGUCACCUUGGGAGGAAGAGGAUAGGAAGGGGAGGCGCUGUGAUGACCACCCAAGGGGGAGGCUUUCCUCCCUCCCUCUCUUUCUUCCUGACACCAAGGAAGGCUUGAAAAAGGAGAAAGGGAAAUUGGCAGGUGCUGAGGGAGUGAUACCAUUGGCCUUUGGGUGAGAAAGAGGGUGGUCCUUCAGAGAGAGAGUGACCCAUUGGUGGGUUUGAAAGCUGGGGAAGAAAGAGCACAUUGUGAUCUGGAGGAAGGAAUCUGAGGCAGACAAUGAGGGAGAGCAUGUCCUCCCUCAAAGAGGGCACUGGCUAUAUUGGACAGCCACAACACCUGACUGGUAGGUCCCUCGUUGCUGGGUUUAAUCUGGCCACUGGGUGCUGUCUCAACGGAUCGAGGAACCUAUAAAUACCUAUGCACUUGACCCAGAGCUUCCUCUUUUGGCUCGUGCAUUCGGAACACCCGCCCACCUCUCCCUAUAUUUAGGGCAUUUUGUGAUUGACUUUGCUAUGUCGUCGUGUGUCAUCUGUCGUAGGGACAGGGGCACGGCAGGAUUUUUUCCCACUUGGCUGAUUGGCUGUUGCCAUUUGGGUUUCGCCUGCUGCGUAGCAAAUCGUCACAACUUGUAAGGUUGCAGAUAGGCUCUGGUUCAGGUGAUAGGGAUGGGAGAACGGUCUCGCCAUCCCUAUGUGAAGGGUAUUCCAUUAAAGGAAUCCAGGGACUCAGCUUGGUUUGGUCAACCCCCGAGAGGGGGUUGUGCCUGUGUCUGAGUCCAGGGGAGCAUCUGGGGAGUGGACAUAGCCUGUACCCGGGCUUUCUACCUACCUCAGGUGUUCACCCUUGGCUGACCUAUGAUAGAGCUCUGGGUCAGCGCUACCUGCAAGGGUGCAGGGAGCUAGUCAAACCAGAGCCUAUGCAACCACUCACUUUCUGUAAUCAGUAAAGUUGUGGCCUAAAUUCUGCCAAAAUCCAAACUAAAAUUUGAGUCAAAUGUGUUUUUAUUUAGGGGGGAGGUCUCUGGGUCUGAACACGCAAAUAUUGUGGCCAGGAAGAGACACAGAGGCUUGCCUUGCUGUCUGUGCUGAAUCCAAAAUAUGGCCUUGGCUUUGGGGGACACCAAAAGAAACCUAACCAGAGAGCAUGUUCUGUUGGAGCAUUAUGCUGUGUGUUCAGCUCAGCCUAUAAAAAGGUAAAGGGACCCCUGGACCAUUAGGUCCAGUCGCGGACAACUCUGGGGUUGCAGCACUCAUCUCGCUUUAUUGGCCGAGGGAGCCAGCGUACAGCUUCCGGGUCAUGUGGCCAGCAUGACUAAGCCGCUUCUGGCGAACCAGAGCAGCACACGAAAACGCCGUUUACCUUCCCGCUGGAGCGGUACCUAUUUAUCUCCUUGCACUUUGAGGUACUUUUGAACUGCUAGGUGGGCAGGAGCAGGGACGGAGCAACGGGAGCUCACCCCGUCACGGGGAUUCUGUUUGUAAAUAUAACCAUAUAUAACACCACCAUCUCCAGUGACUUUCAUUCUACUACAACCAGACCUGGGGUAUGGCUGUGUCACCCCUGAAAUAUCUCACCACUAAGAAAUCAGGAUGCACAUAAAAGUACAUCUGGGGAAUAGAAGUGUUCUAGGUUUGCAGGGGGGGACCCCCUAAUCCCUAGAAAUUAAUCAAUGGUAUGUUUUUAGUUAUUUGGAAUAUGAAGGGGGAAACACAAGCCGCAGAGGAAUUCCUGGGCUAGCCUGUGCAAAACGACCUGGCCAUUAAGAAACAAUACAGGGCCAUUGAGGGCCAUUGGCAGUGCAAGAGAACUGGCCUUCCCCCUGCCCUGAGGUGUGAACAGAGACAGCAGAUUUGGAAGGCUGCCAGGGUAACUGGGUGUGAGGUGACAGGAAAAGUGAGUCUUUAGCAAUGUGUGCUGGGAAGAAGGCCAAAAAUAAUAAUGACUGGGAUCCAUCUUGGGCAGGCUGGCUGAAGGCAAGCUGAGAAAGAUGACUUAGACUCCAAUGUUGCACUGCUCUCGGGAAUAAGACCUUCUUGAUAUUACCAUGCUGCAAGAUCUGGACUGCCUCCAUCUAAAUUCAGGUGUAAAUAUGUGAAUAAAUCAUAUUUAUUUAUAUGGAUCUGCCCUUGAUCUUUCUGCCUUUCACAUGCAUAUGCAUCCUGAGGGCAGCAGAAAAACAAUGGAAGUUAUCUCAAUGCAAAAAUACAUAUAUGUCUUUGUUUUAGACAUCCCUUGUUUUUACCCACAAGAUUUUGGAAUGGUUGUGAUUGGUCAGCCAAAUCUAGUAGUCUCCCCUCCCCCACCUCUGCAUACUUUCUUCUGCAGUAAAUAAAUGCAGAUUUAAUUUGGUUCCCUAAAGGAUAAUUCAAGACAGGAAUUCAUCCUGCCACAUGACAUGUAUGUUACUGAAGCAUUUGUCUGCUAGGACAGCGUUUUGUUUCUGAACAGAGGCUGUUUAAUUGUAGCAAGAGGAUGAAUGCAUUCAAGCGCCAGGUGGAUUUCCGCUACCAGACAGCAAAGGACAGCUGAAAGAAAGGAGCUCCAAAAUAAAUCCCCUAUACAAUGGAAAGAUGUCAUCAUCCUCAGGUGUUGGCUGCCAAGCUUUUUUUUUUUAGGUCAGUCUGUAGCCUAAAAGAUGAAACUUCAUUGCUUACGUAAAUCACUAAUAAGCAACAGGCCUUGAAGGGGCCGGCAUCAAGUUUGCAGCUCCGCGUGAGGAUGUAGCUUAAAAGGGCUGGCCAGGUGAGCAGGCAUAAGUGGGGUGGCUCAGAUUUAUGACUUGAUAAAUGCCUGGAAAAUUGGCUGAAUAGUGAUGGAGUGGGGUGAUCUAGAAAUUGCAGGCCCUUCACUCCCAAACGUCCCAUUUUUUCCUCUCUCUCAAAGCCCUACCUCCUUUCCUUGUCCUCAACUCACCUACUGUCAGGAUGCUGUCAGCGGCUCCCGGCUGGUUGCCCAGGAAAGUAUAAAGACAAGGAAAAGUUUAUUACAGUCCUUUUUUAUUCCAAUCUUUACAGAGAGAGGCUAUAGAACCCAGCCUCUUGGAUAAUGGCGUCGUCCUGAGUGAAUCUCCACCCCCCCAUCUCUCCCACUUCCUCAUUCGUCUCCUCUACAGUUGCUGCUACGGGCCCUCUGUCUUUCAGCUCUUUGCUCUCCUACUUUUAAGGCUCACCGGGUUCUGGGAGAUGGAGGGUCUGGAAUGCUUUCUAAAGCCAACAUGUCAGCUGGGUGUUGUUCCAGCUCUCCCAUGAUUUCCCAGCUUCUCCCCUCAUCUGCCUCUGAGCUGCCACCUCUCUCAAACCUUCCUCUUCCUCCUCCCUGGAAGGGUCAGGAUGGGGAGCCGGUCUCCACCAUUCCUCCUCUGCCCAGUCCCUGACUCCUGCUGAGGCUGGGUGCUGAGGCUAGCCUCUGUCCUUGUGGGCAGCUGUGGUGCUGUUGCCUUCUGCAGCCAGCAAAAGAAAUAUCGCUGGGAGAAAUAAUUGAGACUGGAAAUAUAAGCUUGGGUCCCAAGAUUCCCAUACAAGAGUGGAAGGAACUUCUGCUGGUGAACUCAGGGGUAGGAUCACUGAUUCCUCCCUCUCUGCACCUCCAGAAAGCCCUGUCGCCCUGUGUUGCAUGGUUCUCUGGAGAGAUUUUAAGCCCUAUAUGUGCAGGUGCAACAGCAGAGCAGAUUCAGCAUUCCUCCUGACCACAAGUAGGAGUGCCAUGGAAAUUCUUAUGCUAUCCCCAGAGGCAGUUCGGAUUCCUGCCACUACCUGCAGUUUCUUGUCAACAUAUGGAGACUUAAUGGAGCCAAGUAAAAUGAGGAGGAAGAGGGGGAAGACCUGAUAUUGUCUGUUAGACUUUGUAAAAGCUGCUGUGUUUGUGACUGGAAUGCUGUCUGUAUUGUGCUUUGCCAUACAACCUGGAGUGCCAACUUGAAUAAAAUAUUGGGGGCACGCAGGUAAGCAUCACCCUGCAUAAUCGAUCACAUGAUGAAUGGCAAUGCCCAUCAAUUUUGGGGAGGCCUCUCAAAUAUUUUAUGGGGGGGGGGAGCUAAAGACCCCUUAGCCUCCAGAAAUUGGCUCCUACACUCACAACAUUUUCUACAGUCACUCUUCUGCGAUAAACUAUUUCUUUUCAUACUUGGUAUAUUAUUCUUCAGCGAUGAGGUCAGUUGUACUGCAGUGCUUCAACAUGUGUAUUUCUUUUAAAUGAAGAUUUCAUUAAAAGCUAAUUAUGAUCAAUUAGAUUCCGAUUACUGUGAAUGGGGCAGGAAAAUAAAAAAAUGCACUUCUAAGGUACUGAGGGGUCUAAAUGACCUCAACAUGGUAAACUGUCACUUAUACUGGUGCAGCUAUAUGAUUAUUGCUAUUAUUAUUAUUAUUAUUAUUAUUAUUUACUGAAGUCUCCUCUCCCCCCGCCACUCCCAAUCUGAGUAAGGAAUAUUAGAAAAAGAGAGACAUUAAGGUACCGUGCUUUUGUUGCUUGAGGUAUGGCAGUAACUAGUUAUCCAAUGUACCUCUGAGUAUACUUGAGCAAAUUCUUCAACUGCCUGCUAUAUAACUGAAACACCAUGGUGCAUCUGUAGCAGCGAAACCAGGCACCUUCACCUGCCCCAGAUGUAACAUAACAUGUCUCUCCCAUAUUGGUCUCUACAGCCACAGCAGGUUCUGUAACUCUCCAAUUGUUUGACUUUACAUCUAGUGGUGCAAACUUCCAUUGUCUUUCGAGACAGGCAGAUAACAGUAAUUGUCUGGAAUCUCUUGCUUUCAGUCUGCUAAAUUAUAUCUUGUGUGAGGAUGUAUAGACAUAGGGACUGAACCACAAUGGAAGCAGAAUCCGAUACAGUGUCUUAUUGAUAGCAUGUUUUACUGAUAUGCAUGUUUAGAGCUCUACAACAAAGCAAGCCCUGAGCAGGGCAACAAAUUGAUACUUCCUAUUGUCCUGCAGUUUCCCCACAGGAAAAACCACUCUUUAGUGCCCAGCUGGAGCAAAUGGGCAAUUUGGGUUUCCUCUGGAUUAGCAUUUGCUCCCAUUUAGCCCUAAAGAGCAGGUUCUCUCUGGUUUGUUGUCCUUAACCCUACAAGGGCUACUUUAACUACUGAAGGCAACAAACCUCUGAAUAUCAGCAGCCGGGAAAUGGGGAAGGUUCUGUUGUGCUCAGGUCCCGCCUCCUGGCUUCUCACAAGCAUCUGGUUGGCCACUGUGAGACUAGGAAGCUAGACCAGAUAUGCCACCAGCCUGAUCCAGAAGGCUUUUCUUAUGAAACUCUACUCACAUUUUUAAUAUCAGACCUGGUGUUGAUGAAACUCAUAAAUUCGCAGCUUUUGGCUUAGUACCUAGAUCUUAUUUCACUCAGCUCUGAUGUGGCAGAUACUGUCUCCUUAAGACCACCUGGUCUAAAAAUGGCUUUAAGGCUUUGGAUCAUUGGUCUUUGGUGGGUGGGUUGGGAUCUACUCACUGAGCUACAGAGAGCUGCUACAGCAGCACAACCACCGUACACUACAAAUACAUGGUAAAAAAAAAAAUUAAGAGAGUUCCCAGGUGCAUGUUUGUGUUAAAUGUGGGUUCUGGCCUGAGAAGGUGGAAGACCAGUGCUCUAGAUUACCGGUAUAUUUAAUGUGGCAGUAGUGCAGCAGUUUUCUAAGCUUGGGAGCCCUGGGUUUUCUUUGCGUUCAUGCUCAGUAUUUUCUUUUCUGUUCAUGUACAGAGGCAGAUGACAAUUUAGCUGGUUGCUGCCUAGGUUAGUUCCAGAGACCACUUAUUCUUCAUAGCUGCCAAGGGCUUCUAUGACCUCACUGAGGACAUGAAUGCUUUGAGAAGGCUCUCUUCAGCUUCCAAAUGGAGCAGCUUCUGGGUAGCAGCCAUGGGUUAUUCCUAUGCAACUCUUUCCUUAGCUGGCGUUGGCUUACAAAGAACUAAUCAUUCAAAUGAUUGUUUCCAUUCAUUCACUUCCUCCUUAUGCACACACAUAACUCUUCAACUCAAUAAGCUUUCAGGGGAACUUCACAGCUUCCACAGUUUAUUCAGAUUCCCCACCAAAUUUGCCAUAGGUUAUGAGGUUUCUUCUUUUGCAAUUUCCCCAGCCCAGCUCCCCCCUCUUUUACACACAGAUUCCCUCUCUGCUGAAGGGGUAUGGAAAGGGUGGGGAGAAUACAUUGCAGAUAUCAAUAUUGUGCAGCUUGAAGCAAUUGGAUGCAUAAAAACCAACUCCUCUUGGGGAAAAAAUUGUCCAGACCUAUAAAUAUUAUUCAAACCACAACUGCUUCAAAACGGGUACAAAAACAAAUCAAUGACACCUCCAAAUAGUUCCAUAAGACACGUGCUUGGCCUUAGUCACUUAAUUCAUUUCAGGGUGUGUCUCAGCUCCAGACCCUCCAAGUGUCCCUAUUUUCCAGGGACAUCCCUGAUUUAGACAAGCUGUCCCAGUUUCUGAUUUGAUCCUGGAAUGUCCCACUUUUCCUUAGGAUGUUCCUAUUUUCAUUGGAGAAAUGUUGGAGGGUAUGGAGUUAUACAACCCCCUGAGCCAUCUGAAGGCAAUCCUGUUUAAUGUUUUAUUACGUUUUCAUAUGUUUUGGAAGCUGCCCAGAGUGGCUGGGGCAAUCCAGUAAGAUGUGUGGGGUAUAAAGAGUAAAAUUAUCAUUAUGGAAUGGGACGUCCCUAUUUUCAUCGGGGAAACGUUGGAGGGUAUGCAGCUGUAAAGCAAGGCCAAUGAUCUCCAUACGGUGUAUGGCUAAUACAAUCGGAGUGAAUGUAGUCUGAGCUGUGCCUUGGAACCAUCCGCCUGCAGGCACGCUGAGCACCCACUUUCUGCUGGUGACAAAUCUGGGACUUCCGGGUCAGCGCCAUUGGUGAAUGGCGGAGUUCCUCCAACCGGAGGAACGGGCUCCGUGAAAACUGGGUCUUCCCGCCGCGGCGAAGGUGGGGAUCCGCUAGAAAUCCCAGGCGGAGGAAGCCUGGGAACGUGGGGUUCGGCAGGGCACCAGAAGCGCCCCCCUACUCGCGGGGAAUCCCAUCUAGGGGCUCCAGAGCGAAGUGGGGUGAGAAGCGCGGUGCUACGAACUGACUGCUACUUUCACGGAGUGAAGCCGCACAGCCAUUGCCAGAGAGCACUGACUUUUUCCUGUGGACAAUUGGACUUAAAACAAGUACCCGUGAGUAGAAACGGAAAAUUGGAUCAAGAAAUUGCUUUAAUUUACACCACAAAGAACUCAUAACCCACCUACUUUCAGCAGCCAGAAACACCAUAACCAGACACGGGAGAGACCUGUCAGGAGUAAGCAUGGACCAAUGGUACCAAAUAGUAUGGGAAACAGCCCUACUAGAAAAAUUAACUAAUAAACUGAAACUGACACAGGGACAAACAGAAGAAGACACCUUCACCCCGGUAUGGCUCCCCUUUAUCACAUACACAGCCCAACAGGACAAUGACAAUAAUCCGCCAACAGCAUACAAAUCAAUAUGGCUAACCUGAUCCAAAACACCCACCCACCUCACUCACACACGAAAACAAAGAUCACCACAGCCAAUCACAAGCAGACAAUCACACCCUAGGCCAACCCCAACCUCUCUCACCACCAAAGGAACACAAGUGAACCACACAAGCACGCUGACACCAAACUCUACAUACAUUAAGCAUAAUAGAAACACCGCUACCCGACCCCACCCCCAUCCGUCUCCCCUCCCUCCACCCCCUUUCGUCUUCUUUUUUUUUCUUCUUUUUUUUCUUCUCCCCCUAAUGCCUCAACAAAUGAAACGGAUUUGUAAAAAUGUUACAUGGAAAAAAAAAUACGAGGCAUUACACUUACACUGUAAACAAGAAAACCCUUAAUAAAAUAUUUUUUUAAAAAAGAAAUUGCUUUAAUUUGGUAACGAAGCGGGAAGGUGCAAACAGGAAGUCCGCCUUCCGUUUCUUUGUAUAUAGACUAAAGCAAAAAUUUUGCAAGCUAAAGCCGGGAAGCUGUCAAAAAAGGACUAAAUUUCCUUCAUUUAGAACCACUGAAACCCCCCUUGGAAGCAGGAGAAAAGGGGGGGGACUCUGUUUAACCCUAGCAGGAGAGGGAGUGAAGAAGGAUAAGUUUCCAUCGUCUCUAACCUGGGAACGGGGUGUCAGAGACAGAAACUGUUGCUGAGGUCCAUUGACAGUGAAUGUAACACUUUGACAGAUAGCUAAUGAAGAGAAACAAGUUGAUUCUAAUGUUGCCUUUUGCAUCUUAAAGAAACAAAAUAUCUGAAAAACGUCUGAAAUAUCUGAAAAAUGGAAUUAACUUUCCUUUGUCUUUAAAAAGAAAAAGGCUACAAGUACAUUGUCUCCUCUAGAGGGAGCUUGCUAAAUUGUUGUUGCAGCAUAUUUGAGACCCAACAUCUGUGAGAUUAAGACUGUGGGAACAGACUUUUUCGACCUUGAACAAAGAUGAGCUGGGAGAAAGACUGGUUGCUUGCUCUAUGUAAGACAAAUGCUUUGCUGGAACAGAUGCAUGAAAAGAUGGACUUGAUGAAUGAGAAAAUGGAUUUGACUGUUGUGGUUAAUAACAUUGAUACAGAAAUCAUCCAAGAACCAACCUAUCAAUCUGUACCGACUGGGCAAGUGCAGUUGACAAUGGAGGAGGAUGUGGCUGCACCUCAAAUAGUACAAAUGGAGAGACCCGAGGCCCUACAGGAGCAUAAGCCACUGUUAUUGAAGAUUGAAGCUGGAGUGGGCCAAGGGGAGUCUGGAGAUGAGGAGACUGCUAGCUUUGGAGAGAUUUUGAAAUUUGAUUUUAAAUCCAUUUUGGAUUACAUCGAGGACUGUGGGGAGUGGGACUGUGGGGAAUGGGUGAGCUGGAUGAAGGGUGAUGGAGACAGUUUUGGGUUGGAAUCCCCCAGAGACCUACUCCUCAAUGAGAAAGGAAAGAAACUAAGACAGAGACCAACAAGAGACAAGGAAAAGGGCAAGUACAAACAAGAUGAAGAAGAAUUGCAGAAGGGACAUGGAAGAGAUUUAAGGGCCUCGGACAUAAGGCUUCCAGGUUGAUGGACUAGACGGAAUGGACAAUAAGGACAAUAAGGACUGACAUGACCCGAGACCAGGAAGAAGAGACGCUGGAUGAUGAUUGGAAGAGAAUUUAUAAUGGAAACUUUUUAUUUUAGAAUCAGCUAAUGAAUAUUAGUGAAAUUGUGGGAAUGAAACUAUACGACUCUAGCAGAAAUGAUAUUAGGAGUUAUGUAUAUUUGAAAUUUAAGAUUUAAGUUUUAAGGCACUUAGGGGUAAGAUAAGGUUAAAUAAAUUAAGGUAAUCUGAAUAAUAGAAUAUGGGGAAAGAUGGUAAGGAUUUGUUGAGUUAUUAGGUUAAAUUGUCAAGACAAAUUUUAUAACAAGAAUUGAGAAAGAUGGAAAGAAUUUGCUGAAAUAAUUACUAAACUAGAACACAAAAACGGAGGUGUGAGGAGGUCAAUGAAACAAGCAAAUGGAAAUUAUGGACAUGUAAUUUGGGAUUUGUGGGUUUUUUUCUCUUUUUUCUUCUUUUUUACUUUUUUUAUUGCUGUAUUGUUAUAUUGGUUUUCACAUUUUGUGCUUUUCUCUCCUUUUUAUUGUCUUCUUUUUCUUUUUUCUUUUUUUGUAUUGUAGUGUUGUUUGCUAUUUUUUAUUUUUCUUGUAAUUUUGAAAUUAUCAAUAAAUAUUAUUAUUAUUUUUUUUAAAAAAAGACAAAUCUGAGUGUGGUUUCUAUUGGCCCAGCCAUAGAACAAGCUCUCAGUUGUUAAAUGGGGCUGUUAUAUCACAAAUUAAGGCAGCACCCCUGUCAAAUGCUAAGUGGGGCAAAGCUGUGCUCUAGCUAGGGAAGUGCACCCAUUGGCCCCACUCUGGCAACGGUGCCUUGCUUUGCCUUGCUCUUUUCACCAUCUGGGGCCGCGCCAUGUGAAAUGCUUGCAUGAAUAUCUAACUCCCAAUUUCUGCUUAUGAUACUUUGAUGCCAGGUAGCGUUGAUCCAGCCAUUGCCUGCCAAGCCACUUCUCUGAGGUGCUUGAAUCUUAUGCCUAGCCCCGCAAACUCAUGUGCUAAGAGUGUUCCUACUUUGACGGUUAAACUUGGAGGAUGCAAGAAUGUUGUGCUCCUAGAAGUGCCAGAAUCAUGAAUCACUUUGAAGAGUCUUGGACUUGUCAUUCCCAUGUUGUGCAUGUGUCAAAUCUUAAUACACAGAAAUUCAGACUGCUGGCCUGUAGUCUUAAGCAUGUAUAUCUAAAACUAAAUUUAUUUUUGCUGAAAAGAAUGGGGUUUCCACCCAAAUAAAUGUGUUUAGGAUCAGGAUACCAAUAUUAUAUAUUUCUAGCUCAGCUUUUGAUACCUGUUUAUUCUCCCUUUCCAGAGCAGCUUUUUGUGAAGGCUGUCAGUUUCCUUGUGAUGAUAGAGCAUGAAGGCUUGCACUAAUUCAUUUGGUUUAUUUACAAAGCAGGAUGAGGACCAUAGAAACACCAAGACAGAAUAUAUUUAAAGUGGUGGUGGAGAACCUGUGGCUCUCCAAAUAUUGUUUGAUACAUGGCUACUGACCAUUCCGACUGGGACUGAUUGGUGGGAGGUGCAGCCCAUCAACAUAUCUUCCUCAUCACAAAUUUAAAGCACCAUUACUUCUCCCCAAAGUAAAUAUGACACUGAAGCCCCUGCCAAGCUCCUUCAGUGCUGGCUUCAUUCCAUGUGCCAAAAUGGUUCCUUCAGCCAGUGGGGUUUGUCAGAUAACUGGCAGUUAAUAGGCAUCAGUGACUUAUAUGGCAAGUAUGUUCUAGCCAUCAGUAUCUAUUGAGGAAGCAUUUUAGGUAUUAGCUAAACAAAAUCUGAUGGGACGUGGGUGGCGCUGUAGGUUACACCACAGAGCCUAGGGCUUGCCGAUCGGAAGGUCAGUGGUUCAAAUCCCCGCGAUGGGGUGAGCUCCCGUUGCUCGGUCCCUGCUCCUGCCAACUUAGUAGUUUGAAAGCAUGCAGUGCAAGUAGAUAAAUAGGUCCAGCUCCAGCGGGAAGGUAAACGGCGUUUCCGUGCGCUGCUCUGGUUCGCCAGAAGCGGCUUAGUCAUGCUGGCCACAUGAACUGCAAGCUGUUCGCCGGCUCCCUCAGUCAAUAAAGCGAGAUGAGCGCUGCAACCCCAGAGUUGUCCGCGACUGGACCUAAUGGUCAGGGGUCCCUUUACCUAAACAAAAUCUGGGAGAGAAUGGCGCCAUUACAAUACUUUGUUUCAUUCUAUUGGCCUCAAUAUGCUUCAUCGUUCCCUUUAAGAAAUCCUUUUUAUUGUGGAUUUGUGAUGAUUUGUGCUCAAGAUGGUGCUGGGGCAGUUAUAUGUGAUCCCACUUUCAAUGUUUUUUCUGCAUGCAAAUGGUUCAGGGCAGACAUACUGCUUCGUUUCCCAUCCGUGCAUGUCCUUAACUUCCUGCUAAAGUUGUGCUGUGCAGUGUUUUAUAUCACAAAUGUUCUGGGGUGGGUGGGCUCUGUUUUCAUUGUGUUAUAUGGGGCAAGUGCACCCUUCCAAAGCAGACAUGUUUCUGUUUCCACACCAUUCUCUGCUUUUGCACUGUCCAUGCAUAGAAUUGGAUCUUUUCUCUUACUGGACAAUGAUUUGCUCCUUAAAUCUUUCAUUGUUUAUCCUCUUUCCUGGUCCACAAAGCUGUCAGUUGGAGUUUUGUUUAUAUGACUUAUCCAUAAUGUUUGGAAUUCACACUUAACUUGGCAGACAUCCCCCAGUGUGGAGAAAAAUUGCAGCAUUUGAAUGAGGUGGAAGUUCAGUGUCCUGCAGACUCUGUCAGCAAGUCUUUUUGUGGUUUGAGUGAUGUUGGGUUUCCUUUGGCUUUUGAAAAAAUCCAUAACCACAGAACUGGAUGGCAACAUAGUGGAAUACCAAUAUGGUGAAAAAAUUAAUUGUCUCUGCCUUGAUUUCAGCCCAAGUUUUCAGCGACAGAAUGCCAUGAGCUUAUGCCAGCUAUUUGGUGGUCUGUAUGAAUCACUCUAUCUAGCAAGCGACAAUGCAAAAAAUAUAUUUGUGCCACCAUGUCGUAAUUACUUUACUGUGAUUAAUGGCUAUUACCAGAUGUUAAGUAUUGUGUUCCAAAUCCACACCACAAAUCUGAAAAUAUGAUAUUUUAUCUUUCUUCUUUGCCAUCCUUUACAUUAUUGCCCACAUAUUUCCCCCUUGAAGCAUACGUAGUUCUGUCACUGGUGCCAGGGUCAUGCAGACACAAAGGAAUCCCAAAUUCUGCACCAAGAAAAGGGAAAUUAUGUGAAUUGUAUAAAAUGUGCAUGCAGGGAGAGGUAGCUUAAGAGUAGUGAUACAUAAUUUAAAGUGCUUCAGCUAGUUAUGGGAAGAGGCAAGGAAGCACAUCUCUUAGAAAUCUUACUCAGCCAACUCUUUGGCAUUAGAAUUGAGUAGACAAUGAAGAAGUGCACCUUCAGAGGUGACGUCAAACUGUUGGAAGGUGCCUGCUGUGGCUGUAGAGACCAAAACAGGAGAGACAUGUUUUGUUGCAGCUAGGGCAGGUGAAGGCGUCCGGUUUUGCUGCUACAGAUGCACCAUGGCGUUUCUGCUCUCUGCACUCCUUCCAGCGGUCAUUCCUUCUCUGGUCACUCUGGAUACAUGGUCUGACUGUCUGUUUCCAAGCACUGCGGUCGUCUGCAAGGGAUUCCCCUUCCCUGACACCUGCAUAGGAAAGGACCCCCAAAACACACAUGGGUACUGUUGACUCAUUUGUGGCACAGGAAGUUCAGUUGGUUGCAACAGCUUAGUCUGUAUCAGCUUUCUAGAGUGAGAACGGAAGUGUAUACUAAACUGUGUAGGGGAAAAGUGGUUUUGUCAGCUGAAGGAAGGUGGUUUUAGGAAAGCACUUCUAGAGAUACAGAUGGAAUUUGCACCGCAGACUAAAAGAGAAGGUGCUGGGACAUUAACAAGCAAAACCAUGUUAUACAACUGUGUCUGGGAUGCUUUGCUUACUGUGAAUAAAUGGGCAGCUGAUGAGUGUUCAGGGACUUCCACAAAAGUACCACCAUGUUUCUUGAUAUCCAUUAAUCUUUUGCUAGCCUCUGGCUGUUUCAAAGCUACAAUUUCUGCUUUAAAAAACCCAGAUUAUUAGGAAGCCAACAAUUUUCAUCUAAGAAAAGGAAAAGAGAAACGGCAUGAAUGCAGUUUUGCAGUUGAAAUCAGGGAGCAUCAGGGGUAGGCUGAGACCUUAGCAAGUGUUGACUAAGACUAGGGUGCAGAGUUGGAGCACUGUAGACUUUGGCGGAGGGGAUCUGUUGCAGAAUGAGCAGCUUUGCUGCCUGAUUUGAUGAGUCCCCUUCCAACAGAUUGUGCUUCAAUAUUUGUAAAUAAAACAAAUAUUUGUUAAUAAAGCAAAAAAUAGACUAUAACUCUCCAGUGCUAUCUCAUAUAAAGGAAGCUAAGUACUUCAACCCUGGAUUUCUCACCCAUGAGAGAAACUGAAGCACAUAAUGGCAGAAUAUUUUUUUGCUUAGCUGGUUUUGCCAAACCACCAACUUAAAACAACAGCAGCAAGAUUCCAUGCAUAUGUUGUGAGUCAUGUACUGGACCUGUUGCUCUAUAUUCCUCCUUAUAGAAUGAGUAUGGAACAAAGAUUGUUUGGUCUACAAUUUCAUCUGUAUUAAGUGGUACCUCCUGCAGCAAAAGCAUUAAUUCUUGUUUUGGCUACAACAGCUGAUCAGAUUUUAGUGGCACUUAAGCCUGCAGGGGAGAACUGCACAAGAGCCCAUGAUGCAUCCAUUAUAUUCAAUUUUACUGCUUUUAAUUUUAACGACCAGUAAAGUUGUCCCACCUCCGGCAUUCUAGAACUGAGAUGUAGAAAUGUCACUGUAGUCGUGCCGCUUUAAUAACAGAACUUGCCACAGUUUGAAUGACUGUUUUCAUAAGUAAAAUUUGGCAGGGGUUCUGUAUUUGCUAUAGAAAAUAUUUGACAUUUCAGACAUUUGUAUUUCACAUGUUUGAAAGCAGUUGACGAGACAUCUAACUUCCAAGUUCUGCGGUGCCUGAGUCAAGAAAAAUACAACCAACUUGUUCAAGCACAGGUCUACAUGCCAAAAUACUUUGAUGAUAUUAUUUGCCUAUUAUGUGAUCAAAUGAAUUGAAGCGAUUUUAUGAGGGGAAGGAGUAUUGUAUAUUGGGAAUGAGUUAGAUUGGUUAGAUUGUGGAAACAGAACUUCGAAAGGCUGGUAGACAAGUGAGCCGCCAUUGCUGAAGGUGCUCAUCUGAUUUAUUCCAACCAAAUGGCCCUGUUUGGAUAUUUACCCGGCCAAAUAUCCUAAUUCUGAGACAAGGGAGCAAUCAGUGCAGUGGCAGCUGGUGCCCUUGGAGCCUGACAGGGCAGAGGGCAGAGAGACCAACAGCAGAUUCCAAAAGAUUUUUAAAAGUAUUCAUGUACGCCACCACCGCAGCAAGAGUUGUGAUUGCACAGAACUGGAAAAGGGAAUGUUUACCGACCAAAAAACAUUGGUUGACCAAAUUAAUGGAGUACAUGGAGAUGUACAAGUUGACUGGGCAGAUAAGAGAUCAAACAAAACAAAAAUUUAAAAAAAGAUUCAAACAUAUUCAAACAAUAUUUGAAAGACUAUUAUGGGGAAGUUGAAAUUUUGACUGGUUUAGAAUAACUCCUGUAAGAAUAAAAUACUAAAAUAUAGCGGAAAAUCAGGAAAACAAACUCAUAGACGUGUUAAGAGAGGCAUUCAAAUAAGUACAAGUGAGGACCCAAGUAAGAAGGGGAGGGAAGUCAAGUAUAAAAGGAAUACGAAUGACUCAAGCAAUUAAGCACAAACUUUUGUUUUUGUUUUCUUUACUUUUUAUUAUUUAGAAAUACAUGUUUUGCCAUGAACGUAAAUUAAAAGAAACCAAUAGAGAUGAUUUGCAGAGAGAGAGAGAGUUGAUGACCGGCAGAGCUGAGAGAUUCUACCUAGCCCCUUCCUCCUCCCUGCUGAGUUCUACAAGCGGCCACACAGAAACUAAGGGGAAAGAAGUCAAUGCAAUAGCGGUGGAGGCAAUGGCUAUUGGUUGUAAGUCAAGAGAGAGGUGGGUGCUGACUGAGGGCAGUUUCAGCUAACUGGGAGAGUGCUCUGUUUGUCCUGAAGGCAGGGGGUGGCCCGUCCCAUUUUGCUGCCUGAGGCGAAAUGGGAAGGUGCCGCUCCUGCCCACUGCUGCUCCCUCCCUCCCUCCCCACUGCUCUGUUUACUGGAAGCAGCGGCUUCUGAUGAGAUCUCACAAGACUUCGUGAAACUGUUGUGAGAUCUGGCCAGAAACUGCCACAUCUCUGGCAGGGGCAGCAGGGCACCCGUGGGGGCACCAACCCGUGUGAUUCCACCACCAGAGACAGCUGCCUCAGUCCGCCUCAUGGGUGGGCCCUCGGCCUAAAGGAUCCUUCUCCAAUGAACACAGGCCUGAGAUGCGUCCAACGGGGGCGGGGGGGUUGACGUCACACAUGUGCAUGAUGUCACACGUGUUGCACGGGAGAACUGUUGUAUCAGGAGAGGCCGUCCAGGCCUCCUCCUGAUGCGACAUUCAUGUGCCAGGUCAUGCUAGUCUGUGCACUGUCUCCUGAUGCUGUGGGGCCCAGGGCAACGUCCCACCAAGCGUCCUCUCCCCCCCCCCAAGAUUAAGGGGAGCUGAGCCCCAUCCUAGAUGACAUGGGGGGGGGAUGUAGAGGCCUCAGCCGCAUACAGUUGGCAUACCUGCCACUGAAUCAGCCCCCUUCCACACCCCUCUGCUGUGGUUCCCCACCCCCCAUUACCUGAGGCUAGAGGCUAAUAAUAACAGAGACACCUUAUUUCUGUGGUUUAAAGCUGUUUUAAAAUGUUUAAUAUUGUGCCUUAAUUGGUGAAACCUGCCCUGGAAUCUUAUGGUGAAGGGUGAGUUAAGUAAUAGUAGUAGUUGUCAUCAUCGUCAUCAUCAUGAUGAUAAAGAUAAUAAUGAUGAUAAUAAUUAUGACAGACCAUCCAAGUGUCCCUAUUUUCCAGGGACAUCCCUGAUUUAGAGAAGCCGUCCCAGUUUCUGAUUUCCCGGAAUGUCCCACUUUUCCUUAAAGGUAAAGGGACCCCUGACUGUUAGGUCCAGUCACGGACGACUCUGGGGUUGUGGCGCUCAUCUCGCUUUAUUGGCCGAGGGAGCUGGCAUUUGUCCACAGACAGCUUCCAGUUAAUGUGGCCAGCAUGACUAAGCCGCUUCUGGCGAACCAGAGCAGCGCACGGAAACGCCGUUUACCUUCCCACCGGAGCAGUACCUAUUUAUCUACUUGCACUUUGUUUUUGUUUUUUUGGUUUUUUUCACCUUUAUUUUUUUUUUAAUGAUUUUUAUUAAGGUUUCAAUAAAAAGUUAAACAGAAAAACAUAAAAAAGAAAUACAUAAAUACACAAUAUAUAAUCCAAAAAAAGAAGAAAAACACAGAGAACAGAAAACAAAAAAAGAAACAGAACAAUUAAAAACAAUAUCACCUUUUCAUUUCCGUUUUUAAAUUUACUUAUUUUCUGGACUUCCUCAUACCUCCCUCUUUUGUAUUCCAGUCCAAAUUGUUUGUCCAGCAAUUUCUUUUCCACUUUUUUUAAUCCCAAUCUUUAAUCUUAAUGUAAUAUAGCAUUAAAAUUUUACCUCUUAAGUACCAAAUUUCCAUUUCCUUAAACUUCUUUAAUCCUAAUCUUUAAUCUUAGUCUAUCUAUAACUUUAUCCUGUACAGCUGGAAACCACUUAUUUUCAAUCCAACAUCACUCUAACAUUCUUUAAUUUUGCAGUGUUUCUGUAGAUAAUCUUUGAAUUUCUUCCAAUCUUCCUCCACCGACUCUUCUCCCUGGUCACGGAUUCUGCCAGUCAUUUCCGCCAGUUCCAUAUAGUCCAUCAGUUUCAUCUGCCAUUCCUCCAGCGUGGGAAGUUCUUGUGUCUUCCAAUACUUUGCGAUGAGUAUUCUUGCUGCUGUUGUUGCAUACAUAAAGAAAGUUCUAUCCUUUUUUAACACCAUUUGGCCGACUAUGCCCAGGAGAAAGGCCUCUGGUUUCUUAGGGAAGGUAUAUUUGAAUACCUUUUUUAAUUCAUUAUAUAUCAUUUCCCAGAAAGCCUUAAUCUUUGGGCACGUCCACCAAAGGUGAAAAAAUGUACCUUCAGUUUCUUUACAUUUCCAACAUUUAUUAUCGGGCAAAUGAUAGAUUUUUGCAAGCUUGACUGGGGUUAUGUACCACCUGUAUAUCAUUUUCAUAAUAUUCUCUCUUAAGGCAUUACAUGCCGUAAAUUUCAUACCUGUGGUCCACAACUGUUCCCAGUCAGCAAACAUAAUGUUAUGUCCAACGUCUUGUGCCCAUUUAAUCAUAGCCGAUUUUACCGUUUCAUCCUGAGUGUUCCAUUUCAGCAGCAAGUUAUACAUUCUUGACAAAUUCUUAGUUUUGGGUUCUAACAGUUCAGUUUCUAAUUUUGAUCUUUCCACCUGGAAGCCAAUUUUCUUGUCCAAUUUAAAUGCCUCCAUUAUCUGAAAAUAAUGAAGCCAGUCUCGCACUUUGUUUUUUAAUUUUUCAAAACUCUGCAAUUUCAGUCUAUCUCCAUCUUGUUCCAAAAUUUCCCAAUAUUUCGGCCAUUUGACCUCCAUAUUGAGCUUUUUCAAGGCUUUCGCUUCCAUUGGUGACAGCCACCUUGGGGUUUUAUUUUCUAACAAAUCCUUAUAUCUUAUCCAAACAUUAAACAGCGCUUUCCUGACAAUGUGGUUUUUAAAUGCUUUAUGUGCUUUGACCUUAUCAUACCAUAGAUAUGCAUGCCAUCCAAAUACAUUGUUAAAACCUUCUAGGUCCAAAAUGUCAGUGUUUUCAAGAAGUAGCCAUUCUUUCAGCCAGCAAAAAGCUGCUGAUUCAUAGUAAAGUUUGAGGUCUGGCAGGGCAAAUCCACCUCUUUCCUUUGCAUCCGUUAGUAUUUUAAAUUUUAUUCUGGGCUUCUUGCCCUGCCAGACAAAUCUAGAAAUAUCUUUCUGCCACCUCUUGAAACAAUCCAUUCUGUCCACAAUUUGCAAAGUUUGAAACAAAAACAACAUUCUAGGCAAUACAUUCAUUUUUAUCGCAGCAAUACGGCCCAGCAGUGAAAGCUUCAAAUUUGACCAAAUUUCUAAAUCUUUUUCACUUCAGCCCAACAUUUUUCAUAGUUAUCUUUAAAUAAGUUCCCAUUUUUGCUGUCAUGUUAAUCCCCAGGUAUUUAACUUUCUUAACCACUGUUAAACCUGUCUCAUUCUGAAACCUCUCUCUUUCAAUCGAUGUUAAAUUUUUCUCUAAAACCUUAGUUUUUGACUUGUUCAAUUUAAAUCCUGCCACUUGACCAAAUUCUUGAAUCAGUUCUAAAACCCUUUUAGUACUAGAUUCUGGCUCCUGUAACGUCAAUACUAAGUCAUCUGCAAAUGCUCUCAAUUUGUACUGUUUAGUUCCGACCUGUAUACCUUUAACCAACUGGUCCCUUCUAAUCAUAUUCAGCAAAACCUCCAGGACCGAAAUAAAAGAAGUGGGGAAAUUGGGCAACCUUGUCGUGUCCCUUUUUCAAUUUUAAGUUCUUCCGUCACAACAUUAUUUACAAUUAGUUUAGCCUUUUGUUCUGAAUAAAUUGCACUUAUACCAUUCUCAAAACCUUGGCCUACCCCCAUACCCUGUAGAUUCUUCUUCAUAAAGUUCCAAGAAAUGUUAUCAAAGGCUUUCUCCGCGUCUACAAAUAUCAAAACUGCCUUAGUGUUUAUGUUCACUUCUAGUUUUUCCAAAAUAUCAAUUAUAUUCCUCAAAUUGUCAGACAAAUGUCUUCCUGGGAGAAAGCCCGCUUGGUCUUUGUGAAUCUCUUCCAUCAACACUGUUUUAAAUCUCUUAGCCAAAAUAUCUGCAAAAAUUUUGUAAUCCACAUUAAGUAAUGAUAUAGGGCGGUAGUUCUUAAGCUGUGUCUUUUCAGUCUCUGUUUUCGGUACAAGUGUAAUAUAUGCUUCUUUCCACGACUCUGGUGCUCUUUUCCCCUCCAUUAUUUCAUUGCAGACCUCUUUCAAAGGUUGAAUUAACCAUUCUUUCAAAGAUCUGUAGUAUCUAGAAGUCAAGCCAUCUGGUCCUGGAGAUUUACCCAAUUGCAUAUUUUGAAUGGCACCUUCUAUUUCCUGUUCAGUUAUUUUAUGAUUCAAAAUUAAUUUAUUUUCUUGAGAUAUUUUUUGUAAUCCAUUUGUUUUCAAAAAUUGAUCUAAGUCUGUUUCUUUCAAUGGCCCUUGAGUAUAUAAUCGUUUAAAAUACCUCUGGAAACAACUUCUAAUUUCUGCAGGGUUCUGUAUGUUUCUUCCUUCCACUUCUAAGUUCGUAAUUGUAUUUAGUUUUUGUCUCUUUUUCAUUUGCCAUGCCAACAGUUUACCACAUUUAUUGGCCGACUCAAAGGUCUUUUGGCUCAUUUGUUUAAUUUUCCAUUCUAUUUCCUGAUUCAUCAUUUUCAUAUAUUGUACUUGAUGUAGCUUUAACUCUCUCAGAAUCUCUUGAGAUUUUUGGUUUACUCUCAGUCUUUUUUCACUUUCCUUUAUUUUGUCCAUUAUCUUAUCCUUCUUGUCAUUUUGAAUUCUUUUCUUUACUGCAUUCUGUUGUAUUAAGAACCCUCUCAUAACCGCUUUACUUGCGUCCCAGAUUACUCUUUUCUCCACGUUGGUACUAAAGUUUAUCUCAAAAUAGUCUCUCAAGGUUUUUGGGGCCUUCUUAAGUACUUCUUCAUCCCUAAAUAAGGUAUCAUUCAUUUUCCAUCUGAAGGAGCCAGUUGGUGUUAGUCUCAUUUCCAUCUUAACUGCAUUGUGGUCGGAGCAGGUUUUCGGGCAGAUUUCCACCUUUCUUGUCUUUGGUGCCAUUCCUCUAGUUAUCCAAAUUUGGUCAAUUCUUGUCCAUGUCAUUUUGGCUUCAGAAAGAAAGUUCCUCUUUAGCCAUGGGGUUUCUUAUUCUCCAAAUGUCAACUAAAUCCAAGUUGUCUGUCAUGUCAAAAAAAGUUUUCGGUAGUCUACCAUCCUUAGUGACUACCUGUCUUUGUGCCUUGUCCAUAUAUGUGGAUACCACUCCAUUCAUAUCUCCCAUCAGAAUCAUGUUGUAAUCCAUAUGGUCCAUCAGGGUCUCAUGCAACUUCUUAAAGAAUUCAGAUUUCCCAUCAUUUGGUGCGUAGAUUCCUACUAUCAAAAAUUUUUCUCCUUGUGUUUGAAUUUCAAUUGCCACAAAUCUUCCUUGGUCAUCUUUAAAAACAAAUUUCGGUGAUAAUCUGUCCUUUGCUAUCUACUUCACUUUGAUGUGCUUUCGAACUGCUAGGUGGGCAGGAGCAGGGACUGAGCAAUGGGAGCUCACCCCAUCGCAGGGAUUUUCCUUAGGAUGUCCCUAUUUUCAGUUAACGGUAUGGUGUUAUCCGACCCCUGAACCAUCUGAAGGCAAUCCUGUAUAGGGAAGGGUGUUUUUUAUGUUUAAUGUUUUAUUAUGUUUUUAUACAUGUUGUAAGCUGCCCUGGGCGACUGGGGCAACCCGGUAAGAUGUGUGGGGUAUAAAUAGCAAAAUGAUCAUUAUGGAAUGGGGCGUUCCUAUUUGCAGCAGAUAAAUGUUGGAGAGUAUGUUAUGAUGGUGGUGAUAGGUUCAUGUCUGAACACAUUCACAACAGUAUUUCUUAGCUUUUCUACUGUAAUGGUACAGUACACAUGAACACACAACCACAGAGGCAGACUCUGGGGCUAAAUUGAUGUCUAUGAAAAGGAUGUGGUCUCAUCAAGGCCAACUGGUUUAGGUAACGGUAAAGGUAAUGGACCCCUGGAUGGUUAAGUCCAGUCAAAGGCGACUAUGGGGUUGUGGCACUCAUCUCACUUUAAGGCUGUGGGAGCUGGCGUUUGUCCAGACAGUUUUCCGAGUCAUGUGGUCAGCAUGACUAAACGGAGCGCACAGAAAUGCCAUUUACCUUCCCACUGGAGCGGUACCUAUUUAUCUACUUGCACUUUGACUUUUGAACUGCUAGGUUGGCAGGAGCUGGGACAGAGCAAUGGGAGCUCACCACCAUCAUGGGGAUUCGAACCACUGACCUUCUGAACCGCAAGCCCAAGAGGCUCAGUGGUUUAGACCACAGCGCCAGCUACAUGGCCUCAGUGAAUUGUAUAGAAGUUAUUAUGCAGAAGGUUGCUCUACAAGCUGUUCAGCAUUUCUCCAAGUUGAUCCUUGACAGAUUCUGUUGGCUCUAGUAACCGGUGUGUAUUUUGUAAUGUUUUUGCUGGCACAUACAUUAAUUAUUUUAGUGUCAAUUUUACAGAAAGAAAAGGAAAACAAUGAAAACAACAUCCAGCUACAUUCAUAUUUCUGUAUUUCAUCUUGGCAUCAUGUACAAAAUGCAGGCAAAAUGCCACCUCUUGCUUUGGCAAAGUUUGCAAGGCGGCUGAUUGCUGUGUCUUAGGGCUGAGCUGGAUGUGUGCAUGAAGAUGCUUAGCUGAGGACCCCACUACACCCUAACAGCUGCAGAGCAGUGGGCAGGGUGUAGUUUGCAGCAGAAGAAAGCUGUGUGGGGCAGGGCUACACAGGCCCGGCAGCAGGGUCAAGCAACUGGUUUCAGGCAGCGUCAUGGAGCAUAGACAGGAAUUGGUGUCUGAAUGGUACAGCAAGAAUUGAGGCCAUAUGGUGUGGAAGGGUGCCACUUGACUCCAGUUUAGGCAGCAAAAUCUCUUGGGCCAGCCCCGAACAAGUGGGUGGGAGUUGCUAACUCUUCCACAACCCUCCUGCCACCAUGUUAUUUAUGGGUUCCUAAAAUGGAAAUGGUUUACUUGUGUUUUGCAGAUUGCCAGAUGACUUAGCGCAGAUUUUCUGUCAUUUUUCUGUUCUCUGCCAUCCCAUCCUUUUGCUGUAUAGCGUUGCCAGGCAUAACCUUCUCUUCCAAAAGUAAAAGCUGGCAUAAAUUAAUUGGUUGUCACAAGCCACAUAGUCAUACACAUGUAAUGUUUUUCAGGAGCAGAGCUGUCAAAUCUUUUUUCUUAAUGCAAGAUAUAUAUUUCCGCAAGAGCACCGGGGGAAAUUGCCCAUGGAAAAUAACGCUUUUAAGGUUGAGGCCCAAAUUGCCUGCCAAGCAAAUACAGUAGGUGGGCCUCCUGCAACUGCACAUAAUUUGGUCUGCUAAAAUAAGGUAUGCUAUUGAGAUUGGCAUAGUAUAUUUAGGUGUUUUUUUCUGCCUGAAACAAAGUCUAUUGGUAAGAUGCUUACAGCCUAAGCUUUAGCGCAUUUACUUAGAAGGAAUUGCUUAGAAAUUAAUUAUUUUCAUAAAACCAUCAAGGAGACCCCUAACUGAUGGAACAUAAAGAUGUACAUAAUUUGUAUAUUUUGAUAUGUGUGCACCUAAAAUGUGUUGUUAUGUACCUAUAUGUGAGUAUAAAUGCACAUAUUUUAAACUAGUGCCCAUCAACUACUGUUAAAGUUUGAAUUAAAUAAGAUGAAUUGAUUGUCUGCACAUUUUGCAUUUUUUCCAGCACCAGAGAUGUUUGUGUUGUUCUGUGUCACAAGUUUGGCCAUCUGUACAAGUGGGCAGCCUCUUCUCAGCCAGUUUAAAGGCGAGCAUUAUUCCACAAGAUACGUAUGUAGCAUACCUGGGUUGCCAGGCGCUGCAGGUCUUCCUGGAGAUAAUGGAUUACCUGGACCUCACGGGCGCAUUGGGAUCCCGGGACGAGAUGGCCGAGAUGGCAGGAAGGGAGAAAGGGGCGAGAAAGGCACUCCAGGUACUGAAUAUUCAUUCUUCUUUCUUUCUUUCUUUCUUUCUUUCUUUCUUUCUUUCUUUCUUUUUUAAAAAACAAAACUCUAUCAAAACCAUUUUAUAAUACUGAGUGGUAUUCAGCUAAGUUUUACUCAAUGUAAUCAAAGGGAAAUUAUUGAGCCUGGCUAGGUUAGGUUCAUUUAUUUCAGUAGGUCUACUCUGAGUUGAAUACCACCCCUAGAUUUCAAUGCCUGCCCUGUAAAAUGCUUUAUUGGAAGUAUUCAGCACUACAUAAUUCAAAUUUGUUGAAUUUUGUAUUGAUUGUCAGGGGUUCAUUGCAUUUCUUCCAUUCUGUUGAUUCUUCUUGAUGCAGCUCUUAACUAAACUUAACUUGCUCUCUUGGAAAUGAAUAUUUUUAAUUUAAAAAACAGGCAAGAUUCACAUUGUAUACUUUGAUAGCCUAUGUAUUUUGGUGGAGACAGUGGGAGUCCUGCUAUCAGAGAAAUAUAUUCCUGGGACAAAUAAAGGAAGAGAAUUCUUUAAAGCCAUAUUGCCACUGGCUGUGCGCUUCAUUUGUAUCUAAUAAUCCUGGAUUAUUUGUCUGCUUAAUAAUAACUGGAGGCUAGCCAACUAAGUCACAUAUUAGAGCCUUUGAAAACAAUGGAUUUAAGUGACUUUCUUCUCUUUUAAGGUUUAAGAGGAAAGACUGGCCCUGUAGGACCAGCUGGGGAGAAAGGUGACCAAGGAGAAGCUGGCAAAAAAGGACCCACCGGGUCAGGAGGUGUUAAAGGCAGCGUGGGUCCCGUGGGUCCCGUGGGUCCCAAGGGGGAGAAAGGAGACAGAGGGAAACCAGGUUUACCAGGAACCUGCAAGUGUGGGCAAAUAGUACUGAAAUCCGCCUUUUCUGUUGGGAUCACGACGAGUUACCCGGAGGAAAGGCUGCCAAUUGUUUUCAACAAAGUCCUUUUCAAUGAAGGAGGGCAUUACAACCCUUCGAACGGGAAGUUCAUAUGCGCCAUCCCAGGGAUCUAUUACUUCUCCUAUGACAUCACUUUGGCAAACAAACACCUUGCCAUUGGCCUGGUCCACAAUGGGAAGUUCCGGAUAAAGACCUUUGACGCCAACACAGGGAACCAUGACGUUGCUUCUGGGUCCACCGUGAUGUACCUUCAGCCGGAGGACGAGGUCUGGCUUGAGAUCUUCUACACGGAUCAAAACGGUCUCUUUGCCGAUCCCACAUGGGCAGACAGCCUGUUUUCAGGAUUCCUCCUGUAUGUUGAUACAGACUAUCUUGACUCCCUAUCAGAUGAAGAUGAACUGUGAGGCUGGAGAUAAGCGGCCUCUAAGUGAACUCAAGACAAUGAACAGAAUCUGGCCUUCGCUGUUACUGAGACAAAUCAAGGGAGGAUUUUUGUUUUGCUGAUGAGGCCUCCGAAGCAGAAGACUUCUCUUGCAGUAACAGAUGCUGUCUGCUGCUGUUUUUAUUAAGCAGAUGGUUCUACUAAGUCGAUGUACAUAACAGUCCUCUCAGAAACCAUGCUUAUAAUAUUUAAGCAAAUGUAUGAUAAUGUACAUGCAGUUUUAUAUAAAAUAUGUUGAGUAAAUGACUGGAUUACUAUUUCUGUAAAGCUAAAUAUAAAUGAUAUCUGUGGUAAAUACUUUUAUGGUUCAAGGGAGGUAAGUGUUAAUAAAGUAAUGCAAUAAAAAAUUGUAAAUGC